CAACAGUACGACUCGUGAUGUUGCGCCCGUCGGAUACGCCAGUCAACGAGUUCCGAGUCGAGUUCCGGUGAACGGGUUACGAUCUGUUACGAUUUACGCGGGCAGAGCUCCGUGAACCGCCCACGUGCGUUCCGGGCCGUUGUUUUACUAUUGUAUACGAUUUUUUUUUUUUUUUGCCGCACGCGAAAUUUUAAACCAAUAAACGCCCGCGCAAUUCGGUUUUUACAAUUUCGCAAAUUAUUUCGUGUUCGACGACAUCAAACAAUGAUGACGACUCGGCGCCCGACCGCGGGCCGCUGAGACCUGUGACCGCCGACAGCGGGCGAUUCACACGCCCGGCGGUUGGCGCUGCCGUUCCCGCAGCCGUUCGCCGUCAGUCCCCGUAGCCGUACGCCGUCCGGAUUAACCGUCCACCGAGGUAUUUACGAACGCAUGCCAUGGCGGGUGGUGGGUUUGUUUUUCUCGAUUUGCUAUAUCCCCGUUAUCCCCGGACCUCGGUCCGGAUUAAAGACCACACGGAUAUCGGAAUUAAGGACCGCGGGAAACCGGUGGUGAAUCUAAUUUUGUUUUUUUUUUUUUUUUUUUAUUAUUAUUAUCGGUGGGGAAAUAUACAAAGGGACGGCGACAUUUCUCCGUCGGAAAAAAAAUGUAGCCCUUUCAAUCGCCACCUUUAAAUGCGCCGCCGAAUCCCGUAAACUAUGUAUAGGACAUAUUUAGGCGCUUUGUGCCUAAAAUUGCACGAAAUCCUAACGAUUUUCCCGGAAAAAAAAAAAAAAAUCAACGUUUUAAUUUUUAACGUUCUCGCGUCGAACCGGUUGCAUACAAAUUUCAAAUUUAUCUCAACGCUCUUGCAUCACUCGUAUAAUCUUGAAGGUAUAACAAUUAUUAUCGGUGGAAAAAAAAAACUUUUCCAAAAAACCAUUGUUAUCUGUGUUUGGAAAUGAUGGGUACGUCGCUCCUCGCUAUCAUCAGGAUGUCAACAAAAACAAAUACAUAUAUAUGUAUACAUUAUGUUCUUAUCGCUUCCGUCUCUUCGAAAAUUAAAUAAUAUUAAGAAUUAUCGUAUUAAGUCAAUAAUAAUUAGGUAUUUAUUUUUUUCAAAAUGUGUGUACACUAUUUCCUAUACUAUUUUAUGCGUACUGAUAGUGAAAAAAAAAUUAAAUAAAUAAAUGCCCGUAAGACAUUUGAAAAUAUCAUUUUUGAUUUUAAUGUAUAUUAUACGCCUGUAUAAAAAAAUCAUAGAUGACAGUGCUUUUUUAAUCGCUCUAUAAAAGUUUAUUUAUAUAAAUAAAAAGGCUGAUACUGCCGAUGGCCUGCCAGGAGGGAAGUUGGAAGGAGAAUAUGUUGAGUAAUAUUUAAUUUGCAUUUGUACGCACACCUUUAAACCGUUUCUAACGAUAGACUGUUCUGAGCAAAGUAUUAAAAUAGUUAUUAUUUCUUCUCCCGUUGCCAAGGUAACCCAGAAAUCGACAAAAAUUACAAACAUUUUUUUGCCAGUUUUUCCUUUUAUUAAAAAAAACCACAAGGAAAAAAAUAUACCUCUCCAAUAUGUACUGUGAAACUUGAUCGAAAAUUUUCAAAGGAAAUUCCUACAAAGUUUUCGAUCGGAGAAAGAAUUUUGGUAAAAAAAAAAAAAAGAAAUGAUUUAUAGAUACACGUAAAAAAAAGAUCUAAAAAUAUAUCUAAUAUAUUGGUAAAAUACGUUUUCUAAACGAAUGAACACCAACCAAUGUAUAGGUUUUAUUAUUUGAUGUAGAAUGAAGUAUUUUAUGAGAAUGCGUAUUUUUUUCAUAGGCGUUUUACGCGGCGCGAAUUCUAGUAGUUUCGAAAAGAAAAACUAAUCUCGUUAAUCGUGAUAAUAUCGAAAUCGGUUAGCGUUUUUUUUUUUUUUUAUUAAACGUUUAUACAGUUAUAUUAUACGAGUAGUUCACGACGAGGGGCUUUCUCGAAUAUUAUUGUUUUCCACACGAUAAAUCGUGACGUAUUUUUUUUUCCUAGGCCAAUUUCGGUUGCAGACAAGUUAUAUUGACCCCAUCACGACAAGUACGCGCGCACAUACGUAAUUAUUAUGAUUAUUAGCUAGGGUCUAAUCGACACGCGAGAAAUUUAGCGGUUUUAUUAAUGAAAUAUAGGUACCCGUAUAGGUAUUUAACGUUUGAAAUAUUGGCCAGGUUAAAUAUAACGUGCCGUUUACGUGCGGAAAAAAAUUUGGUUGCCCGUCAAUAUCAUUCCGAGAGGACCGAGGACGGGUUCGCCGUCUCGGUAUAACUAUAACUAUUUUUUUUUUCUACUAGUUUUUAAGCUAUCACAAACGGAAUAAAUAACUAAGUUAAGUUUAUGCUAAUGUUUUAAAAUAUAUAAAUUACUUUUGGUACAACUAUAUGGUAUAUUGUAGGUUACCGCCCAGUUUUACCGCUAAAUAAUCGCUAAACGGACGACCAAUACGGGCUUUAAAAUAUACAAUACUGUAAUGAACAUCCGUGGCGUAUUCGAAGGGAGAGGGGAAACGAAAGAGUUAUAAUCCUCCUCGAAAUUUGUUCGACCGUCUUUUCAUAAUUAAUUCGCGAUGUGUACAUUCGGUAAUUCGCACCUCCGAAUGAAUAGUGGUACAAUUCAGCAAAAACGAUUUUCGAGUUAUUGCUAACGAAACAUAAAUUUCUGCAAUAUUCUUUAAAAUUUAGCACGUUUGAAUUUGUUUCACCUAACUAAUAUUAUUAAGACCGUACGAGCUCAAACGCCUGCUUAGAAUAGUUUCCAUGGUGAAUUUUGACAUUUCUGGGAUGUGACUUUAUUCUGACCCGUUGUUAGGUUAGGUUUUGAAUAAAAUAUCAUAUCUCAGAAGUAUUAUAGUUUCACGUGGGAAAAAUUAUGCGACAUUGUGUCGAUUUCCCGACAUUUUCACACGGUGAUCUGUUUCACUGUUCUUUCAGGUAUGCGAAUUAUGCAUGUUUUGUAAAUCAUAUUUUUGGGUACGUCAUUGAUAUGACUGCGUUUUGACGGCGUUCAUGAAAAAGGGAAAAAUAAGUAACGUUUUGUAAAAUUUCACAUUGUUUUACUAAUCUUUUGUUGGAGAUUUCAUGACUGAUCGAAUGGUGGAAAUUUGUCCGUCUCCUUUUUAAUAUAUCAUGCAAUUACCACACAUGUUUAAGCAAAGUUAAUCCGAAUUUGUAGUGAGUUAUUCAGUUUAGUCGGUUUCCUAAAAAAUUAUAUGAUUUAACUUACCUAUACAUUUUUCCACGAACACCGUCCGUUAGUUUUGAAAAAUUUCUGAACGGUUUUAUGACUUUAACCGCGUUUUAAUUAUAAAAACAAAAAAAAAACCGUAAAAAAGUCACUUUAAAUCGCAUUUAUAUAGUUUUAUUAUACACCGACCAAUGCCGUGUAAAUAAUCGUUCGCCAGAAAUAGUUUUGUAAGAGUUUCAGAUCUCGUUUUUGAUAAUUUUUUUUUAUAUAUAUAUAUAUAUAUAUAUAGGUAUAUAAUUAAAAGCGUAAAAUUUAUAGCGUAAGAACUCCCGUAUCUACUGUCGGAAAAUAAAUAAAAUUAAAAAAAAAACCGAUAAAAUUUUACGCGCAUUUAAAUAGAAUCUACGUAAAUAUUUCAUUUUGAUGGUUUUACAUGAUAUUUUACGAGUAGGUAUUUUUUUUUUUUUUUUUUACAUUCAAAACGGUCGCCGGACAAAAUCGUCUUUACACGUAAUAUGGUUCGUAAUUUUUGUACCUAUAUUUUUUUAAACUCCGCGGGCGUCCAGCUGUUUAAACAAUUAACGAACAAUAAUCGUAAUAUAUUUGUAUGUAUACGAGUGUGCGCCUUCCGGUGUGUUAUACGCGUACGAUAAUACGACACAAAAACAAAAAAAAAAAAAUUGCGUAAAAAACGAAUUACAAUGUAUACACGUGUGCGCACACUGAAUCAUUAAGAACACUUAGGCUACGCUCGUAUCUCGGGUUAAAUGACGGCGGCGACGUCAUACUCGGGCGCGUUCGACUCAAAUCUACACGGGUCGGGUGCCCAUAUAAUCGAAUCGCCCAAAACACAAGGGGUACAUGUGACAGUUUAUCGAUUUCGAGAAAAUCGAGUUUAAAGCUAUUUGUAUUUAAUAUAAUUGCUAUACACGGUAUAUUGUCGUGUCAUCAUUGUUCUUGUAAUCGAAUUGCCGAAAAAAAAGUUUUCGACACGUGGCAGUAAAGAGAUAUAGCUAUAUGUGUUUACAGCUGUUGAGGGCGCUUGCAUACCCGUUUACUUCAAAUCUAUUACGGCAUUUUCAUUCGAAGACUAUUUCAGUGCGAUCUGGACGUGACGAAUAAUUCAUUUAUAUCAGUUCUUUAUCACUAAAUAAAACGGAAAGUUCAGCUGUGUAUCUAACUCGGAUUUUUUUUUUUAAAAUAUCACCUCGUGUUUUAGGCGUCUCAAUAUAUUUUAGUUACGGACUAUGUUUUUAAAAAUUUUACAUUUGCGGUGGAUCGAAAUCGAACGCAACUACGAUAAUAAUUAUUCGAACAACGAACCGCUGCGUGCGAACCGUCCGUUCGUUAUCAUUUCGAUUCGACGUUUCAUGCGGUGGGUUCAAAUAUCUAUGCACAACAGUGUCACCCGGAAAGCCGGGCAGUGAUUGGUUAAGUUUUACCAAUUACUUUUUUUGAUGAAUUUUAGCUAGUAGUUGAUAAUAAUAACAAAAAUGUAUUUAUUUCACGCGAUUAUUUUCCCAUUAUUUAACGGUCGGUACGGCAAAACCGCAUGUGAAAAAUAUUAGUCCGUCGGUGUACAGAGGAAUUUUUCGGGCGCGCGCGGUCGCAAAAAAAAAAGAGAAAAAAAGCGUACCCGCCCGACCGCCGUUUUAAAUGCAAAUCGAAUUUUCUCGCCGCGUUGCGCGUUUGUUUAUACCCGCGAGACGCGUUCGUUCGAAACGAUUCGAGUCGGAAACUUCGCAACGACACAACGGUCGUGUUUAUAAUAUAACGCACGUCAUGUUAUUCAGCGUCCGUUCGGACGCGGAUCGCGCUCGACACGAGUAUAUUACAGUGUUGUUGUAACAGGUAACAGUUUAAACGUGUGUGCAUUGACGCGCCGGCGGCGCGUGUCUUUACGUCGCGGUUUCCGUUCCGGCGCGCACGUUCGCGCACCCCCGUCCGGUUUAAUCGCGCCGAUUGAUAAUCGGGUAGUCAUUCGGGCGCGCGCCGCGUCGCCGGACGAUGAACGCGACGUCAAAUUGACCGGCGUCAGUCGGCGUGUCACAACGGUCGCCCGUCGUACGAUAUUCGUACACAGCAGUGAAUAACAAUAACGCUCGAGAGGACGUUAGAAGCCCCGGGGUACGUAAGCGUUAAGCAAUUUUCAAAACGAUUUUGUAAAAAAAAAAAAAAAAAAAACGAAAGCCGAUAACAGAUCGACUGUAGAUGACGGAAAACCGAUUCGCGGCCGACCGUCUCCAAAUCGUCGGUUAAAAGGCUUUUAAGGCCGUAAGCGACGCGUUUCGCGAUCACUAAUUGAACGCUUCGAGCGCGAUCGAAAACUGCACGUUUAGCGACGCGUACCCCCCCCCUCCCAACCCCCGACGACGGUUCACAGUUAUCGUGCAGAGACGGGGAGGGGGACGCGUUGAACGCGAUUGAAAAAACCGUCCUGAGCCGCGCGUCUGGGGAGACCGACAGCGCGCAGUGGCGUACGAGAAACGGAUCGACCGAUUUGGGGAGUUGGAGGGGGGGGGAGGCGCACACGGCGUCGUCCCGGACCGACGUUCAGGCCGCGCCGGUACGUUACGGCCGCGGCGGACGGCGAGUUUCGGAAUGCGACCGGAAAAUCCGCGACGUGCCGAGUCCGAAACGGCCGGCCGGAGACGCGUCCUGUUCCCACGGUACGCGCACGGGCGGGUACCCGGGUUUUUUUUUCCGCGGCGGGUACGCGCAGUGUUGUAUAGACGCGGGUCCGGACGGCCGCCGCGCAAUUAAAUAAUAGCCGGCCAUUUACGUUUUUAUAUUGUCCCCGGUGCGCGACGAUUAUCUCUGCCCGCGGUGGUAAUAAUAAUAAUAAUAAUAAUAACAGUGACGGCCAGUAGUGGCGACGAUGGUGCGGUAGCCGGUGUACCCGAGACGGCGGUCUAUUAUCGCGGCGGGCUGUUGCGCACAGAGGUCGGGCCUCGUCAAAAGAGUUGUGCGGCGCGAUGGGGCAGAAUACGGAGAAACAGAAAAAAAAAAAAAACAAUAAUAAUAAUAAAUGAAAAAAAAAUAAAAAUACGACUCGAAGAAGAUUAUUAUUAUUAUUAUUAUAUACCCGUCCGACCAUCAGCGUAAUAAUAAUAAUGAUAAUAACAACAACAACAACAACAACACGACAAUAUAACGAUAACAACAGCCUAGCUGGCUGGCUGUGACGUGUACCCGCGUGGUCCCGUACGGUCGUAAUGCGCGCAAUGUAUAAUAUCCGGACGGGGGGAGGAUCGAGGCCUCGAGGGGGAGGGGGGGGGAAACACGAAAAAAAAAACCGAAACUCAAAUGUACAGGACGGGGGUGCGGUCGAAUUAAUGCGGGUAACGAUCGUCCGACGCGUCGGCGGGCGUGUGGUCCGUGUGUAAGGUCUUCGGCGUACCCGUCCGCAUUAACGAUAAUAACAGGCAGGCACCGCGGCUGGAAUAUUAUUAUUAUUAUUAUUAUUAUAACCCGUAUUAAUAAUAAUACCACCUCCGUGACUCCGGGCCGUCCGAUCACCGUAUAUUAUCGCGCGCCGCGUAAAAUAAUAAUCGUUCGAUUGGGCGUACGGGAUAAAUGCGAAUCGUCGGGAACGUUCAAAGGGACCGACCGACCGACCGACCGUGUUGACGCGAGAAGACAAACGCAAAACGGACGCGUACGAGAGUUUUCGAAUUUCCGCGACGUCGUACACGGUUGGAAAAACGCGCGCGCAGCGACCGAGGAGACUCGCGCGGAAACCGAUAAAAUCAAUAACGAUGGUGAUUAUUAAAAACGAAAACGGUCCGAAACACCGACCAGCGCAGAUGGGACCGUUAAAAGUAGCGAAAUCGAAACUUAAACGCUGACCGGCGUGCCAGUUUCGUUCGCGCGUUUACAGCAGCCAAGAGCCGAUCGAGAACAAUCCAAAAAGUCACUGUUCUGCGUGGAUACGGGAACGGCGACGUCCGGUCAGAUCGAUUACGGACGCGCCUUUCACGAUGCGCUUAUCGUUCGGUUCGCCGUGUAAAACGCAUAAGAGAUGCGAAAAACGGCGACACGAGUAACUGUUUUUGGCGAAUCGUUGCACCAUUAGCCAUCAUAUACUAUGACGGUUAUUUUAUUCUCUAAAAAAAAAAAAAUAUAUUAGUAAAACGUGGAAACAUUAUUUUUUUCCACGAAUAAUAUAGUAAAUAUAAUACAGUAUAGUGGACAUCAAAAUUGCGCUUAUAUGCAAAGUGCAAAUUGUGUUUGUAUAGAUUUUUAGUUGUUUGGAUCGUGGACACGACGUCUUACUCUCGUAUAGUUAUGCAUACAUUCAAUAAAAACGCGUUUUCACGUACAACUGUGCGUUCUUCACGUCAUAAUAUCUAUGUGCGAACGGUCCACAAGCAACGUGAUAUUUGAGUUCGUUGAGUGUAAAUCCAAAAUAAACAGUGGCGUGCCCGUGAUUUUUCAGUGGGAGGGGAUGUCAGAAUUUUUUUCCACGCCUUACCCGACAAUGGGGAUAAAAUAGCCAACUAUUGUUUUACGAACCAAACGUUUUCUUGUAACUUGGGCGCAAUAUUUUAAGAUUACAUCGCCAGAUAAAUACUCAUAAUUGUUGUAUUUUUAAGCCGAUUAGACCGGGGAGAGGUAUAACCCUUAAGCUCCCCACCGCACACGCCACCGAAAAUAAAUCACACUCCGUAAUGACUUUUUAAAUACACAGUUCACGUGUAUUGCACAAGUCGAAAUGGCAAUCAUCGAGCUCCGAUACUCCGGAACUACACAUAAUAUAUAUACGAGUAAUUUGAAACACAAUGCAUAAUGAUAAUGUUAAUGCGAAACUUCGAGAUAAUAAUAUUCGAUUAGGUGUUUGUUUAAAGACCGAUUUAAUUUUUUCCCGCGAACCCGUGUCGGUUUAAAAAUAAGAAAAAAAAAAAAAACCUCGUAUAAUUAUUAGUUCGGUACGGUGUAGCGAUUAUACUGAUCGAUAGGUCGCAAAUUAUGUCGAUAUUGUUGUAAACGUACGCGAGUAUAAUAAUAAUAUAUAUACUUAGGUACAGCAAUUAGGCAAAAUUUGUUUUCUCGAAUUUCCUCGCCGUCUUCGGCGCUCUUAACGAGAAUUCUUUGGGCGUGGCCGAAGGUCAAAAUUGCAAUGGCCGACCGAAUGGUAACAACGGCCGAAUACAAAAAAUCAGUUGGAAAAAUUAACAUAUACUAAAAUGGCUAGUGGAAAAUAUGGCCAUAGGAAAACAAUAUGGUCGGAUACAAAAAUAGCUACAUGAAAAAAAUUUGUUUUUAGAAUUAAAUACAUUUUUAUUUUGAAAUUUCCCAUUUUUCCCAUUUAUGUUUGUGUUUUCGUUUGGUCAUUUUCGUAUAUCACGGACAUUUCUUUUCGUGACCAUUAUUACCUAUAGACUCCCGAAUCUUUCGUACAGCGUGUCGCACUUAUUAUACCUAUGGGGUGUUCACAGUCACAAUAAAAAUAAACACCGUCAGUGGCGAUGACCGGGAUCUAUUUUUCUGGAGAAAGAGCGAAUGUGGUGUCACGAAUUUCAGACGGAUAUCCGGGCGUGUUUUCGGGAUAUUGAAUUUCUAUAAACAGGCGGAGAACUAUGCAAAUGCGUUCCGCGUAGAGUUAGUAAAAAAAAGUCAGGGGACUGCGUUGUGAGACGCGACCCCCGACCCACCAGUCAUGCCACCGAAUAUCGUACGGAAAACGGUGUGAUAAAUGUAAAUGCGAUGGGGAUACUGAUAUCGAUAUUGCAACGCCGAAAUCGAGGGAAUUAGUGGUUUAAAAUAACAUAAAAAAAAAAAAAAAAAAACAAUUAUUAUUUGAACACCGCCAAUAUACUAAUAUUUCGAUGCACUUAAAACGCAAUACAUUGUAUAACAGCAAUUAAUCAGAUUCGUAAACCGAACCGGUCCCGUCGAACGUUUGAAAUGUUGUAUCGGUGUUAUAAAAAUGUGGAUCGGUUUCCCCCCCCCCCCCCGGGCUUACUUGCAUCGGCUUGUUAAGCUUUAUUUCUAUUUUUUUUUUUUCAAACGUAUUUAUAAAAUCUGAAGGUCGGGGAAAAAAAUGAACAAAUAUAAAAAAAAUAAAAUCAUGUACUAUUCAAAUAAAAUUACGAUUUUAUAACCGAAAGCCGGUAGUGCGGAACGUUUUAAUAUAGUUAAUAAUGUAUCGUAUUUUUUUUAAAUGUACUAUAUAAUAUUAUUUAUUAGAGUCUAAUGUAGUAGAUUCGUUUUUUUUUGUUUUUCGAAUUCGACUAGUUAAUAAUAUAUGUGUACUCCCGUGUUAUUUUGUGAAUCGCGGCUAAUUGUCUCAUUCAUUAUGCCUUUUUUUUUUUUUUUAAACAUACAUUUAAAGGCUGAAGGUCGGGCCCGACGGUGAAACGAAAUAUAUAAAUACUGAAUUUUUCAAAUAUAAUAUGAUCGAAAAUCUCAGUUUUUACUAAUUGACAGUGUAGUAGUUUCGACUCAUUUGAACGAUUAAAUGUAUUCGUUUUUUUUUUUUUUUUUUGUUGAAUUUACAUACCCAUACAUUUUAUCGGCUGAUUUGCCGAUUUCUUAAAAUUACAUUGGAUACGAAAAUGUUACCCGGGGAAUAUUACGCACAUGCAAUUUCUGAUUUUCUCAGUGUUCUCGGAAUUUCAUUAUUUAUUUUUUGUUGUUGUUCAAUGAGGUAUUUAAAAACCCCGAAGGCCGGACUCGACGGACAAAACGAAAAAUAAAUACUAUUGAAAUAACAUUUGAAAAUCAAACAGGUCAUUUCACUCGCGUCUGGAAAACGUUUUAAAGGUCGAACGUAUUAAAAAACACGUCCACUGUAUAUAGAUACAUUUUUAUCCAGAUAAUAUAUAAUAUUAUGUUAAUUUUAGCAUAAUAUUAAUAUUAGAAUAAUAUUAUAUUUCCCGGCUAAUGUGUUAUUGCCGAUUCAUUAUCGCGCGUUAUUGUAAUAAUAUUUUUUUUGACUCGGGUAAUAUGUAAAUUUUUCGUUUACAAUUUUUUAUUUGUUUGGUUUGGAAAAAAAAUCGCAUUUAAACCCUGAAGGUCGCGGGACUCGUCGAAAUAUCGAAAAUAUUCCUUUCCGGUAAAAAAAAAAAAAAAAAAUAAAAGAUAAAAACAUUUCUAUUAUUAUUAUUAUUAUUAUUAUCAUUAUUUUUUUAACACAAUACCCGGUGUCACAUAUUAUAGAUACGUGGUGGCGUUCGAUACGCUGUAUACGUUUUUUUGUUUAAAAAACAAAAUAUUUUGUACCUCGUUAUUAUAAUACAAAGACGUUCUAUAAUAUCGCAGGCUAGGUAUACAUAAUAAUUAUUUGAUUGGGCGAUACACGGCGAGUUAAAACGACCAUAGAAAUGUUUAAAAUAGCUAUCGGUUAGGUGAUCAAAAUAAUGCAAAUCUUUAUAAAACUUUUUACAUACUAAAUUUAACGAAACCAAACGUUUAAAAAAUAUAAAAAGUUUAUUAUUUCGUUUUUAACUUUUGACCAAUCGCUAUUAUGUACAAAAACUGCGCACUGACUCGCAGAUAUACCGAGGUAUAAAUGUUGUAUUAAAUGAUUAAAAAUCGACGGACAAUAAUUUACUGUACUUCAAUCGUGCCCAUCCGAUAAAAGUUUACAGCAACGACCAAUAUGCACUCUUGUUACACAUUUACAACAUUAUUUAGGCGGCCAGAUGCACCUAAAUAUGCAUCAUGAUACAAAGUUGCACUGCAGUUGUAGAUUCGUAACUAUUACAACGGAUAAAUUGUAAAUAUAGUAGACGUGAGUACAUUUAAUAUUGUUUGGUUAAGAGGAUGUCAUAACCACGUGUGUUUCCUUCGUCUUACUAACGUAGCAACAUUAUGUUUCAUAGAACGUAAAUUGUAGCAUUUGAAAUUGGAGUUUAAUCAUAAAUAACAAAAUUUAAAGAACUAUAGCUAUUUAAAAAUUGCUAAAACCAACGUGUCUGUACAAAUUUGUUGUCCGAUAAUCUUGUCUUCUUUUAAUUUUUGUUAUUUGUGUUAAAAUUUAAAUUUAAACUUAAAAACAAAAAUGUACGUUCAAAGUAUAAGAGAAAAAAUUGUACAGACAGACGCAUCUUGCUUUUUAUAUUUGAUUUUCACGCUAUAUUCGUCGAUACAAAACGAUACUUAGCUUACGUUAAGAAAAUUUUAGAAUUACAAAGGUCUGUUUCAAGGAAAUUUAGAGAGGACCAGCAAGUUCAAGUUACAAGCACUAUAUUAAAAUGCUCUUGAUUGGGUUUAAGUAUUUUUUCUUGUAAGAUUACACAUUUAACUUGUGGAACUGCACGUCAGCGCUGCAAGUUCUGGUCAACUGCAGUAUAAUAUAGUUACUAAUACGAUAGUAAUAAUCGACGACCUUGCGGUGUUGAGUCAUUUAGGUAAUAUGAUUGUGUUAUUAUAUAAAAAAAAAAAAUAUUGGAGCAAAUAGUAAAUACCUAUAUACGUGACGGGAAUUCGUGAUUCAUUAAUAUCGCGUUUUACGGUUGAAAUGCAUUUAUUUUUUUUCUUAAUCACUUAUUGUAUCUGCGAAUGGAAUUAAAUAUACUUACGUAUAUAAAGCAAAAUAAUAUUAUUGUGUUAUCCAACUGAUGCAGAAUACACACAGACAAACGUACAGCUAUAAUGCGACUAUAAUAAUAACGAGUUUACCUAGACAUUAUAUAAUGCAAUAAAAAUAAUAAUGUACGAAUUAUUGUAAUAGACGGAUAUUCAGUGUUACACUUGAACUGAGCAAAAGAAUAAGUCGUUCAAUAUAGGCAUAUUGUACAGCCUAAAAACUUCUUUUUUUAUUCUUUUUAAAACUGUUUACCACAACCGCUAAAAUGAACAAUAGUGCGUGAUAAUAGAAUUUCUCUCGGCUGUCUAUAGCGUCGAAAAUAAAAAAACAAUAAAGAAAUUGGUGGGCCAUUGUAGCUUAUCACAUCACGGUCAGCUUUAAUAUCAUAUCCCAAACUGUCAGACAGAGAUAUCGUGGAAAAAAGACCGCGUAUAAGCUAUAAAUACCGAUAUAGACGUAUUCCAUCCAUUUCUUUAUUAUCUAUGGCCUCUCACUGUAGUUUGUUUUCACUACACAGAGACGAUAUCAUUAAUAUGCAUUCAGACCAUACAUAGGUGUGGUCCAGUUGACUGUGGUCACGGGAGGCGUAUUGAAUGACCGACACGGUUUAUAUCGUGCUCGCGUAUCAUCGCGAUAGUGACGUCACGCUUUAUAACAACAAUGACGUUUUGUCCGGAAAAAUACUAUCCAUUUUUUCAAUAAUAAAAUAUUAUACAGAAUGAUCAACACAACGUAACACUCGUUAUAUCGAUAAUUAUAAAUUUUUUAGCUUAGGUUAUUUGUUAAUUUUUUUUUAUUUAGAAAUUUUAAGUAAUAAGUAGCUAUAAAUUUUACACGACUGUUGUUUUUUUCACUAUUAUCUUCGGGAGUGAAGCCACUAGGUACUGAAUUUUUAUUACGAAACAUUGAUCAAGUAUAUUAGUUUAAAGCAAUUUUUCUAUGAUGAAAUUUUUAAUUUCCGUUGUCGAGAUAUUUCACUUUUAAAUUUCAACAGUAGCUAAUUAGAUUAGUAUAACAGAAGAAAUUAUAAGUACUUUAAAAUUGAAAAUUUUGUUUUUCGUUUUUAUAUUUUUAGAACAUUUCUUACGGAAAGUUUUCGUGCAUAUUAUUAUAAUAAUAAUAUUUUUGAUGUAAAGUUAGGUAAUUCGAACAUUUUGUCUCGAAGAAUUUUUUUUUCAUAAUGUGUUCAGAUAUUAUUCUUUAUUCAUGUCGAUAUUUUGUCAACCGAUAUAUUGGAUACCUAAAUGAUUAGUAUUUCAAAUAAAAUUAAUAUUUUUAGGGCAUAUUUGGCUAUUUCUUUUUUUUUUUUUCUUUUUUUUUUAAGCAGUAUGAUAUUCGAUAUUUUUUAACGUAUCAAAGCACAGUCUUGUAUAGCACAAUAAUAACUACACGCAGUGUAUUAUAUUGAUCGGUCGAAUAAAUAUGAUAUAAAAUAGUAUAAAGUAUAUGAAUAAUAAUUUCGAAACUCGUAUACCCACGAGCUACGAUGACAUGAUAUUAUUGUAAUUAUUAUUAUUGAUAUUCGAUAUCAUGCGUUUGCCGCUAUAGGUACGGCCGGUCUCUCCGUCCAUUCAAUAUAAUUUUAUCCCGAUGAUAGUAUUAUUAUGAGUAAAUCAGUGAUGUUAGAUUUAGGGCACGAUAUUAGAUUCCUUUGCGCGAGGAGAUUUUAGCAGACAUUUUGGGAAUAUGAAAUAAAGGAAUUUAAAAGAAAUUUUAAUAACGAGUAAAAAAUAAAACAAAAACAGUUCAUAAAAUACAUUCAUAACAAUAGGUUUGGCGUAUAGGAGUAUUUGCAAUAUAAUUAAUGAAUAUUACGGUUAGUACAAUUUUUCGGUUGGUAAAAAUUAUUUUUUCGAUAAUGAAAUUAAAGUUAUUAAAUAAAUCCACGAUAAAAAUUAUAAUAUGCAAUAGUAGUGUAGUGAUGGAAAAUGUUUAAGUAGGGAUAUAUAUUAUGGUGAUGACUAAGAACGUAACGGUGAAGGUACUCUCUGGACUGAAGGGUUUAAUUUCGAGUAGGUAGGGGACUUAAAGUACUAAGUAGUUAACAUAAAAGAAUAAAAACAAGUUAUUAUACAUAAUGAAAUUAUAUGAUACUGAAUGCGGCAAACAGAUGUUACUUCUCAACGAAAGAAAUGUUUUCCUCCAGGUUACUGUCCAGUCCUACAAGAGAGCGCCUUUAUUGUACAUACAUGAGACCCAUAGUAACACACGCAUGAGAGACGUGGUCUAUUACUAAGGGAGAUGAAGAAAAGCUAUAGCGUUUUGAGAGAAAAAUAUAAGACCCGAAUGCCUGGUAUACAAUAAUGACUUGAGAAGAUUUUAAAGAAGAACCAAUGAAAACCUGCCGCAGCUGUUCAAGGCUGUUAGCCGAGUCUAUGUCAAUUCUUAGUCAGGAAGAGGUUGGGAUGGGCGAGUCACGUUUGGCGAUCAGAGGAGAGUUAGGAGAGUAAUGGAAACUUAAAUAAGGGGAAAAGACAAACGGGCUUUGACAGAGAUGCUACUAUACGGUAGAAAAAGACAAGGUCUGAAGAAAGCAGUCCAUCGCUGGAUAUGGGAAGGGCUUUUGAUAGAGAAAGAUAGGUUGUGGAGAGAAAAAGUGUGGUAGAAGUGGUAAUAGUCCAAAAUGAAUUGCUAUAAGCCUAAGGAGAAGAAAAAGAGAGAAAUUGUUGAUGAUAAAGGGAAAUUUCGUUGUCUUUGGAAUAAAGCGGUUAAUUCCCAUAGCAUUACGGCCGUAACUCAAAAACAGACGAAGUGCAAUGAUGACGGUAAUAAUGAUAACUACGCGGUGGUUCCAGACACUGUGAAACUACGAUAAUAUACGAAAUUAACGGAUAGCUAUGAUAAUAAUAGGUAAAAUAUUAUAUUGCAGAAACAUUUUUCUAUCUCCCGAACGAUUACUUGUGCCACGACGAGGCGAGGCAAUUCGUCUGCCGGUAAUCGUCGACUUGUAUGUACACGGUGAUUUUUUUCGGUUAGUAUAUCCAUUGUCCAGAUGUAUAAUAUCCAGUAUUAUUACACAAUUUUAAACUAUUCCUAAACAAUAAUAUUCACAUAUUACAGAGUUCAAACGAAUUUCAGAAUAGUUAAAUUUGAAUAUCAAUUGUUUGCUUAAAAAAAAAAAUUAAAAAUAGUAUUCUCAAAGUGCAUUGAUGUCACCGACUCGGGUAUUAAGUGUAUAAAAUAGGUUUCUUAUCUUUUUCGGAGACUGUUCGUUUUCAAUCUGAACUGUGUUGCUCUAAAUCGGUUCAGGAGUUUAGGUGAAAUAGAGGUAAAAUAUCAUAACAUAGUCACCUAACAAACAUCCGUGAAACUUAAAUACAUCAUUGGCGAUAGAAAGAUUAUCGGUUUUUAGGCCGGUGUGGCCUGUGGUGAGAUAACGCGCAAGAGAUACACGGCGGUGCCGUUUUAGCGUAUCGCUUCUACCCUCUGCAGUCGGGUAAAAAUUACGUCUUUGUUAUUCGAUAGCGCGUAAAACGGACCGAGUGCACAUAAUAGAUUAAAAAAAAAAAAAAAAAUAAAUAAAACCGCUCUGUGUUUAAUCUAAUAAUAAUGUGUUCUCUCGCGCCGGUCUCGGGUAUCCGACGACGACGACGACUGUCGGUAAUAAGCCGCGGAGACGGAGACCGCAGCCUGCACGGGGCGAAACGGCCCUGCGGUGAUGCGGGAGGGCCGACGGACCGCGAGUUGUUUGAACUUCGGUCUUCGCUACGCUAACCCCGCCGGGAGGCAGACGAGUGGUAGGGGCUAUAGGGGGGGGGAGGUGAUGGGACCGCGGAAAGCCGUUGGCGUUUGUGCGGUGCGUGUUCGCGCGUUGCACGCGCGGGGAGAGGCGACCGCUUUCGCGCACGCGUGUGUGAUACGCGCUUUUUUUUAUGCGUGGUAUGGUAUGCGCGACGGGUCGGGACGAAUACGGACUCGGCCGCGGGGAGCGUUGUAAUAUGGAUAAGAGAAAAAUAAAAAAUAAGUAAAUAAGUAAGGAGCAGGUAUUAUAAUAUUAUUAUUGUGUACAGUGAAUUGUCUCCUGCGUAGUGCAGCAGGUCGUCGUCGGGCGGACAUCGCGGCGGCCGCAGCGCCGGCCGGACGGGUGUGGAAAUGAGAAUAAUAAGAGAGAUAAAAUAUCUGGUUAGAUAAUGUGCGCUAAAUCAACCGGUCCCGACCAUGUUUGGUCCGAACCGCGUACAGUACCUAUACCUAUAUUAUUAUUAUUAUUAUUAUUAUUAUUAUUGCUAUUGCUAUUAUACAGUCUCCUCGGCCGCCACGGCGUAUAAAGGACAACCACUACAUAAUAUACGUAUGGAAAUGUACAUACACGCGUAUAAAAUAAUAAGUAGGUUUUUUUUUUUUUUAUUAUACUCUCCUCAUUUUCUUUCACGAUCGCGCCGGUGUCUUAUCUUAUAAUAAUAUAACUACCCCCCUCCCCCCGUCCCAACGUUUCGCUGACACACGACCGAAUAAUAUACGCGUAAACCUGUACACAAUACGGGGGUAAUACAUUUUAUUUAAUUUCUUUAUUUUUAUUUUCAACUUUUUUUUUUAAAUCGCGUACAAUAAAUUCAAACGGAACGCGUCAGGCCGCCACCGCCGCCGUCUACAAAUCCAAUUAUCCGAGAUAACCGACGGCAAUAAUUUGUUCGGUAUUGUGUUUGGUCUGUUGUACAGCGGCAGCCUAAAUCUCCGCGCGCCGCGUCCGUCCGCAUUGACACGUCAAACUCUCGAAAGUCGUCUGGAAACCCGAGUAUUAUUAUGGUAGGUACGCACGAUAAUAUUAUGCGCUUUUAAGUUAUUCCGACCGCAUGCGCCGCCGACGUUGUAAUUCACAAGUUUUCACUACAACGUUACAUUAUUGUCGGUCUCAACACGCGUUUUACACCGUUGCGGGUAAUAGGCUCCCGGAUUCCGCGCCGGUAAACAACGACUCGUUUUUUUUUUUAUUAUUAUUAUUGUUAUUUUUUUUUUUUCUACAAAAGACGUACGUAUUAUUGUGACAUACGGAUAAUUGCGGCGGCGGUGGCGGCGGCACCGAUAUAACGAGAUCGGCCAAUGACUAUAAGCAAACGACCGACUUUUCGGUGGACGUGGCACGGAUUCGGAACGGAAACGCCGUUUAUAUAACAAAAAGAAAAAAAAAAAAUUCUAUUUUGUAGUCUAUAAGAAGCCUGCGGAUCAAGGGAAAAAUCGGUCCGACGUUAUUGCGGGCGGCGAAGACGGGUGUAGGUAAGACGCGCACGGCUAGAGUGUAAGAGCCGAGGGCCGGGGGUGCACGUCACGCGCGUACGUUUCGUGGUUUUUCUUUGUCUCUCCCUUAACGGCGUUCGGGUUUUCGCGGGGUGGCCGCGUUGUUAUAUCGUCGUCGGCGCGCGCGGCGGCACAGGCCUCGGCGGGCUAGGUCGGGUCAAGAGACAGGCCGACGGCACCAUUAUUCUAUAUCGAUGCCGGAGUCCGCGGGGAAAAGCGGACGAGGAAGAGGCGCGCGGCGACUUUGACUGUGUACAAUGGGUAGCGGCCGCGCGGUAUUACGUGCGGCGACAACAAAAAACAACAACAAUAGAGGAAGCGCUACCGGGCCCCGUCGAGUGCGUGCCGGCCGCCGCUGCCGCCGCCGCCGCCGAGAGUCACGGUAAUCGGGUUUCGUGCGUGAAAAACCGCGGCGGACCGACCCGGCCGCGAGCCCGUAACAGCGCACGUCUUUCCGCGCAGAAAAGCCCGCGGCCGGACAACGAUAAUUGCCGUUGUCAGGCGUGUAAAUCGUGGACGGCGGCACGCGUUUUCGCGGGGCGUGUUAUAUUUCAAUCUCGUCGCCCCGACCGCGUAACGCGACUGUUCACAGCUGGCCGCGCGGCCGUUCAAACGGUCCUCGGCGUCGACCGCGCGAAAGCGGCUGGUUCGAGUUAUUUAGAAUUAAGAUUCCGAACGUCUGCGAUUACCGCGGCGCAAACCGCAAGCGACCGCGCAGUGUAAUACGUAUCGCGUGGGAUCCGUAAAACGAAAAUAUCGGAUUUCGGGGCUACACGGCCAUCCCCUGCCACGGGUCGCGUGGCCGGGCGCGAUCGAGAAUUUUCGAAGGUCUCGCGUAUAAUGAAAUUCUUAAUUUUUAUAAAAAAAAAAAAAAAAAAAUAAAAAAUAAACGCAGUAUACACGGGUUACGAGCGCCGGCGUGGUGUCGACCGCCCGCGAACCCGGCCGCGCUCGAGAAAUGCACGGGACUCGCGGGACCUUUCCGACGUAAUGUACGCGACGCGAGACGCCCCGCGGAACGACCGCGGGUGUCGUGGAACGGCGCGAACGGACGCGCGCGCCGCAUCAUUAGUGAAUAACACCUCGGCCGGAUGCGAACCGCGCGAAUAACGCGCACCGUGUUUAUUUCAUUCGGGGCCGCGCGCCUUAUAACAACAGCGUGCCAUAAUCUCGACAACGAUACUGACGAUGAAAAUAUCGUUAUGCGAUUACGGCGCUCGCGCGGGAAUGACUCGCGGGUCGUCCCGAGAUGCGCGUAAGCGGCGUACAGUGUGAUCGGCACGAUGAUCGACGUGACGACGAGGAGACACUCGUCGUCGUCCGGGAAUGUGACAAUCGAGUGUUCUCGAUAAUCGAGAAUCGGGUAGUGGAUCGACAUUUGCGCGGCGCCGGAGUACGGUGUUCGAGUUGUGAUAUAUUACCCUCCUACACCUCUCCCUCGACCGGUAAUUAAAAGUGGAAUAUCUCGUCGACACCCGUCGACGAGAUGUCAGCACUGUGGCGUUUGGUGUAAUACUCGAUAUAUUUUUGAAUUUUUAAACGCAGGUCGCUAUUCGAAAACCGAAAAUAGUUAUAGCGGUUUCACGCCCGAAAAUGAGGGUGAUUCGAGGGUAACUCGAGUGUAACGUUUUAUAGCGGCUUUUUUUUUUUUUUAAAAAAAAAACAACCGACCUUGUCCUGAAAACGAAUUAACACAUUCCGACACAACGAGUGCCUUGCAUCACGUCGAUCGCUCCGUAUUGUAAAUACGUCUUCGGUCUUGGUACCGUGGCGAGUACAUAAUAUACGCCCGUGUCGUCGAUUAAAACGUCAUUCUUAAUAGCGCGAGUGCCUCUCUAUAUACAUAAAUAUACAUUAUGCACACGUGUAAACUCAGCCGCGGUUGUCCUCAUCUAGCCGUAGGCAUAAAUUGUACGCGACCGCAGAGAUAACGGCAGAUUGUUCGUUAAAAUAAUUAGCUGUUAUCUCACCGCAGGAUCGCGUCUGCGCACGUGUCCCGCAUUAACGACCGCGUGAUUGUCGGGACGGCGAAAACUGUUUGAAAAAAAAAAAAAAAAAAUAAAAACGGCGACAGAUUAAUCGGACCGAAUACUCGGGUAGGCGUACCCGUAUAAUAUUAAUACAACUUUGUCGUGGAACGGCACUGUUAUCAGAGCGUGCCCAUCGCUGUGCGCGUUACAAUAAUGUCGUAUGAUACGGUGUAUCCCGUAUAAGUAUGCAUAACAGAUGUAAUUUUUCACUCUCGUCGUUGAACAUGACGAAUUCGCUGGAGGAUUCACACUGCAGAGGUUUUAGAGCGCCGAGUCAACAGCGCAGUCAGUGAUGAGCGUCAUUUUUCGGUUAUACGACUCUGGACAGUACGAACGGUUGCAGGCAAAAGUCGAAAUAUCGAGAUGGAUUAAUACGUUUUCUCCUUGAAACGGGCCGCAGACGCGGACGAAAACAGCAAUGCUGAUUGUGAGUUACGAUCCCUCAUUGUGACACCGUCGAAACGCAUAUUGAUUCGUACGAUAAAGGCACCUGCGUAAAACGCAUAGGCCGCAUCUGGCCAAUCAGAAAAUCGCCACUCGCCGUUUUAAGUAGGGGACGUCAAAAUACUCGUAAUACUUUUUUUCAAAUUAAAAAUGCUUCUAGCGGUUGAGCGUCGAAUGGAAAAAAAUGUUGAACUGUCGUCGUGUGUCGGCUACUGGUUUGCCCCGGAUUUUCCUUCGAGUUACCGCGUGCACUAAAACGCGUGGUUGUUUUCCACGAAUUACCGCGAGAUUUUCGAGGUACCCGACGUUUACUUAACUUGUAUUUGGCGAUAACAGAACGUAAAUGUUCCCGCGUGGACAAUGCGAGAUACGUUCGUGAUAACGCAAAAAAUCGUCAUGUUACGUAUAGCCGUUUAUCAAUUUGGUUUAUGAUCGGGGUUACCAUUGGAACGCUGCGUUAAAAGCUCUACCGCGGCGCGAGUUCCCCUUGAAAUAGUAGUUCGCGGGCGAACAUCGGAAAGCGAUUGCCGAUCGGAGAACGUUUUAUUAAGUAUUCUAUUGUUACAACCAUUAGGUAUUAUAUGUAUAUAAAUAUUUUUUUAAUAACGCGGUAAAAAUUAUAAUCGCAAGUCAAGGACGGUUGACCAGAAAACCGUGCGGACCGAUUCAGAUACCAAUACCGCAGUAUAAUAAUAUCAUAUUUUUUACGUAUUAUUCCGGUGGCAACUCAUGCUAGUCUCAUGGUCAACCCUUUAUGCGGCGGCGCUGGUUGAUUGCAUACGGACGAUAGGCCAAGCCGUACACGUUGUUAGUGUUCAGCUUUGACAAACCAGCAGAUUGGUUUUUUAUUGGACUUUUUUUUUUUUUUUUCCCGUCGGCGUAAUCCGCGUCGCGCAAUCUAGGAAGUCUUGUGUACACAAAGCGCCAAGGAUAUUAUGCAUUUUUUAACUACGCCUGCGCCAUUGUAUUCCGCCGCUAUACAUAAUACAUAAACGCAAAGCAAAGUAAACAACUGUUGCACGUAAGGACGAGGAAGUGAUGCGGCGUGUCAUCGUGUGCUAUAGACGUUCUUCGCGAACACAAGAAAAACGACGGUCGAAUUAUCGGAAGAACGCACGGAUCGCUGUACGCUCUAUAGAAAAAUAAUAAUUAAAAAAAAAAACAUGUUAAAUAAUAAACUUUUUUUACACAAUUACAUUAUUGCUCCGUCGGCAACUUAUCGGUCCAACAUAACCCUCCGUGCGCUGACCUACCGCGAGAGAGCGGAAAUUAUAUUCUCUCACUAUUCGCUCCUCUCGUUCGUACGCCUUUUUUCGUCCCGCGCGCCGCCAACGGCGUGAGUAAUUUAGUGUUCAAAUCUUGUUCACGUUUUCCCGCGAUAAACCGUAGCCGCAUUUUCUCUGGCUCGCCCUUGCCCCGAGGCUUCGGGCUGCUUCGCCCGACCCUCCCGUAUUCCGGCGGACCAUCCAGCCGCACGCAUAUCUUUCUGCCGGCGCGUCGAAUCGUCCACGCUUUUUUGUACCCACUACCCGCUAGAAUGCGUGUUGCCGGUCACACCGCUCCGUCCGGAAAUCCACGAACAACACCCCGUUCCCGGUACUCCCGCGGUACAACGCGCUCCGGCCCGUACGCCGUCGUCGCCGUGACUCGGGUCGGAUCUAACUCAAGACCGCCGCCGUCUCCGUCGUCUCUCCGUCCGGUCGGGCCCGCGCAGUCGGCCCGCACACGCGCGCGUUUUCCGCGCGGCCCCGGAACGAUCGCGGACCGAAAAUGCACUUGUCGCGAUACCCGCGCGAGAAAUAUUACGACAAUGGCGGCGGGGACGCGCGUCAUGUUACUGCGCUCGGCGGGUACGCGUGCCCGUACAAUAACGACGCGCGUCAUAGUUUUAUCGAUCUCGUUAAUCGAUCGACGCCGCGCGCCGUGACUUCAUACCGGCGGUAUCGUCGUGCGCGCGAUCUAUUGUUUCGCGCGCGACCGAUGCGAGAGAGACCGGGCCGUUGUAACGACGACGACGACGACGACGACGACGAGGACAGCGCAACGCGUUCGCGGCGAGGGUCUCCCCGCGGGCGGUUAUCGCGCGUACGAUUGUGCGCCCGGCCGCUCGCGGGUACCGCGGUCACAAUCGACACCGCAGCGCGAAAAAGCGACGACAACGACCGAGAAAAUCCGUCCGUGCGCCUAACGAGCGCCGACGUCUGUUACCACACGUCGCGUGUGCCACAUGAUGGUUGAAAAAUAAAAAAAAAAUCGAACCGAAAUCCGUUCGCCCGCGAACGGCUCCGGGGCGCGCGUACACGGGCCGUUUUGUUUUUCGGAUUUUUUUUUUUCUUAUUUUCCACACCUAAUUAAACUCCGCCGACUAACUGUACGCGUGUACACAGACCGCCGCAGUACAAUACGCGUUAUUAUUAUUAUUAUUAUUAGUGUUAUUGUGCGGGCCUCUGUGCGCGAUAGUAUUGUACCGAUCAGCUGGUGUUCGAACCCGCGGUAUAGUAAUUAACCGGGCGGCGUGCGGUGUACAACACGCGCGUGAUAAUACGAGCGACGCAUAAUAACAUUGCGCUCGGGUACUGCGGCGUUAUGAGCCGGGCGCGUAGAACGCAAUACAACAAUACAAUAAUGUGUGUGUACGAAUUCGUAUUUUCGAUUUACUCCCCGUUCGAUAACGAUAAUUAAUGUGCGCGAGUCCCGCGGUUUCUGUCGCCGCCGUUUGACGAGAGGUCGGAAUGUCUGCCGGAUGGGAAGCCGCCGCCGCCGCCUCCUCCUCAUCGCAAUCGGUUUCGUUUGUUUCCAAUAAUAGAUUCGAGAUAAUAUGGACGAUAGCGACAAUAACGAUAUUAAUUUAGUGCGAUAAAGCGCGCGGCGCAGCGGUGUAGCGCGAUAGUAAUUAAUUGGAAAAUAGUCUCCAAACGGAUGUCUCGCGCCGCGGGUCGAAAACAUCGCGAAAAAUUAUACGGAACCGACCGGGCUGAAUGACAACACCGUUUCCGGCCGGCCGGUGACCGUGCGGCAGCGGCGCAUUUACGGGGAUGGGCUGGGGGAGUUGAGGAGAUCGGCGAAAUUCGUCUCCAUACUAAAAAUCAAAAACGCGUCGUUUAAAACGAGAAUUAUAAGUUAAUCCGAAUCGCUGUAAAAUCCCGAGUGUCGGCCUCGAAACGGUAAACGAACGUACGAAAUUACGUACACCCGAACCUUUAGAGUCGAGUAUUCGAUUUCGGGGACGAAAUCACGAUUUCGCAGUCGUAUAAAUUGCCCGAUUUUUAUCGGGCCGUCGAACGACCAAACCUAACCCGACGCGUUACGCGCGCGACGAAACCGACGUGCGACGUCGGCAAUGAUUCGGCGUGCGUGUUUCGGAGAGAGAGGCGACUUUUCGAAUCCGAACGGACGGGCGGGCGCGCGCAACGGACAGCGCGUCGACGUCGACGAAAAUGUUCGCGUACAUUGAGGCGGUCGACCGUUCGCGUGCCGGCGCGGCGACGGCGGCGGCGCGUUUUUCCCCCCCGCCGACAGCGACCGUUUUUCGAGCGCCCCGCAACCCGUCUCUCUGCCCGCGUAAAUGUCAUUUUUCAUCUUUUUUUUUUUUUUCUGCACGGUAGAGGGUCAACGACGUUUUCGGAACGUUCACUUUUACCGCCGAAUGUGUGUCGAUCGCGGGCGCCUUGUAAGGACAAAUCACGCGGCGCCCGUAUAAACACGACGCGUGUAUCGUUAUUAACGGCAAAUAUAGCAAAUUUAAUAUAUAUUUAUAUAUAUACUCAGUCAUCACGUUUCGCUGUCGGGCCGUUCGAAAAACCUCGACGGAAACGCGGAGCGCGGCACGUGAAAACCGAGGGGAAAAAAAACGCGCUCGCAACGCCGCGACUUGUUGCGGCGCGACGGGAACAAACGUACAAACGCGACUCUGCACGCGCCCGCGUGCCGGAUAUUUACCGGGCGCGUGUUUAAUUAUAUAAUUGACACGGUCCGUUAUUGAGUAGGUGAAAAGUUAUUAUUGAUUGUCGCCCGUACUCCUCUUAGUUAGUCCCGUGACGUAGACACGCAGACUUUCUGCGGAGAGUUUUUUUUUUCAUUUUUCCACGAGACGUCGAAACGCCGCGUCGCGGUUUUCGCCGCCAGUGGCGUUUUCCGAGACCGGAAUUACGUCAUCGCUGCGCGAAAACCAAAUCAAAUCAAGAGUUUCUGCGGUUUGAAUGAUAAUAAUAAAAAAAAACCCCCGUUAUGAUAUUGUACGGUUGUGUGACUGCUGAUAAACAAACAAUCAAAUGACGAAAAAAACUAUUUAUUUUGUUUAUGAAAUGGUCUUAUAAACACACACGCAUCACGGAUCAGUACCCGCCGCCGCCGCCGCCGCCGUCGUCGUCGUUAUUCAACAAACGCAACGCGAUUCGCGCGCAGCACAUGUUUUCACCGCUUUCUUUGCCGUCGUCGCGAACGCGAUUAAAUCUGAAAAUCCGACAAACGGCAUUGUUUUCUUACCCGUUUCUCUAUCGUUACAAAGCCGACGAUCGGUCGUCCGCGACCCGUCGUCGGCCGUUACGACAAUAUGCUCGUAUAUGUGACUGGCGACGGGCGAAUUCCCGGAAUUUGGAAUCGAGAGAAAAUUCCCACUCCCCCCCCCCGGAAUAGUCCUGAUAAUCAUCCGUGUAUCGGGAUCUCGAUGAUCUGUUUAGUAUUUUUUAAUUUUUAUCGCGGAAAAACGCGCGUUUCAAUCGGUCACUCUCGAUUUUAACCGUAAAUAAGCUCAUUCACGAAUGAACUUCGUAGUAAAAAUAAAGUCGUAGUAAAUAUUGUUGUUUUUUUUUUUUUAUACAUAAUAUUACAGGCCCCUUUGCUCCAAACUCAACCCGAAUGAUCGCAAUCGUUGAAGUGCGAUGCGUUUUCGUCGCUUUAUUACGCGCGAGGCGGACAGUGAGCGUACGUUUUUGAUGCGUCCCAUAAGCAAUUACGUUUCCGAACGUUCACUACGAACCAUAAUAAAAACGAUCGUACGUAAAUAAUAACACUGACCCGUUAAACUAAACCGUUGACAACGGACGUUUUUAUGUGUAUGUGUUCACCGCUGUACAGGGUAACCCCCAGUAAAAUAACUCGAGUCGUAUUUUAUAACGCGAGGGUUGUUUUUUAAAACGAGUAAUGACCGUUGUAUUUGUGAAAUCGAGUGAACCCGUGUGACAACGUGAUAACAAGCUGUUUGCGCAGUGAACGCUUUAUUUAUUUGAACAUGAAAUUCCGAAUUACCGGAAGGAAUAUGAAAACGCGAGAAAAACCUAACCCAAUAUAGAUGCCCGUGUAAAUUCACGCGAAUACUAUGCGAUAUUCCAUUCUUCUGGGGGGUUCGCGCUCUGUGACCGGCGACACGCGAUCCGGAUCCGGACGCGCGCGCCGAUAAUAUUUUUCGCCAGACAUCCGCGCCGUCCCCACGUCCGGCCGCGCCAAAGUUCGGUCGCCGCGCGUCCGUCGGGGUUUUUUUUAUCGGUCCCGAGAUCGCGACUCUGAAAAAAAAUAACAAACAAACAAACAAAUAAUGAAACGCGAUGAAAAAACAAAAAAAAAAAAACCAGUACGCACACGCACAAUUCGUACGCGCCUCACGUGUCGCGCCGUCGCAUGCGCCCCCCCGUCCCGGCUCGGCGGACACCAAGGUCGUGCGGCCCCGUCGCUGUUACGUGUUACGUACGCCCGCAAAACGUGCGCACAACGCCGUCGUCCGCGAGAGGCCAUGCCGUCGCGUCGUUGUGAUCGCGCGCGCCGGGUGCGGCAUUUUUCAUACCGCGGCCGCCGUAAGUCGAGUCGCGCCGACGCCUACGGAAUCCGAAGGAUAUCCGCUCGGAGUGACGAGCGGAAUUUAACGUCGCCGGACACGACUGCGGCGGCGGCGUCGUCGUCGUCGUCGUCGGAAAACACAACAUCCCGCGUGUACAUCACGGCGAUAAAAUCGAAAACACUCCGCUAUCGCGCGCGCAAAAGGCGGGCACGUUUGUUGCCGUACGCGAUAAUCAUAAUACGCGCGUUGUCGCGCGAUGUGAUAAAAACGCGCGGGAUUUGUGCGACGCUGUCGUUCACCUUCCGCGCUCUGCGACCCAUCGUCCCUCUAAGAAACUGACCGCGGCGGUGUCGCUCGCCGCGAGGAAAACUGAUACCGUUGACGGGACGCGCAAUGCCCACCCGUACACGCCCGAUUCACACGGGUCGCCACGUCGUUGCUUACUCGGUACACGCGUGUUUCGCGUCCGAAAAACCAUCCCGACAGAAGGGCCCGCCGCCGGUUCAAACGUAAACCGUAAACACACGAGAACCGUCGUAAUCGAAAUUCACACCGGCCUCGGAUGGCAUCUCGGUGUUAAAAUAUAAACGAAUACAUUUUAAAGUUAAAAUCCCGGGUAUUUCGACGGUGGAAAAUUUCACGAUUAUAUGGUUAACCUGACCGGACGUUCGCAAACAUCGGACGUUUACAUAAGAAAAGUAUAAAAGUAAACUGUACGAUCGAGUCAAGGACGAAUUAACUUUUUAGGCUUUUAAUGUUUUAGACGCAUCGGUUUUGAUGUGAUGUGUGUGUGUGAUUUUUUUUUUUUGUAUCUAUAAACUUUUAUAACAGAAAUCUCAUUCCGAUCAUGAACUUCUGAGACAGACAAUCUUAUCAGAUUGGUGCAUUGAGGAGAUUAUUUUUUUCUCUGUAGUUUUUUACUGUAAACGGGAAAAACGAUUCAACAAUAACGGUUUCUAUUUUUAUUUUUUUUCGUAUUUCGGUUAAAUUAAUCGUAGAAAAUCUGCAAUUUUCACCGAGUAAUUAUGUUACUACUUGUUGGACGCGGAGCAAUUCUAUUAAACAUUUCAAACUGUUUUUCGAGCUAUUCGUAGCUAUUAAAAAAUUCGACUGUACAAAAUCGACUUAAGCCUUUAUCCCCCGGGACCCGAAGAUAUAAUAAUGUCUUUAUUGAAUAAUGUGUAUUUUUUUAAAACGAUAAUAUUUUCGUUGAGAUUUUUUCCGGACGGUUGUCACUGGUAUUCCGAACUAUCGGGAUUUCGAACGGAUCCCGUUUAAGAUAUCAACACUCUUCCCGAUUUAUUAUUAUAAGUAUAACUACUACGCGUACCUAGUGCACUGACCCUAACAUUAAAAUAUUAUUUGUCGUGUUUGUUUACACCCAUAUGUGUGCGUAUUAUUAUCGUUUAUCGUUAUCUUUCGCGUUUAUCGUAUAAACAGACCGUGCGUACAGGCAGAUAUAAUGUAUAGUUAAAAUGCAUCACCGUCAUCAUCGUAAUAAUAUCGUUUUACGUUUAUUAGCCAUUUUCGACACCGGUAACGCUUUAAUCACGAUGAUUAUACGCCGCUCUGCCGCCGCUGCUACGCGAUUUCGUUAUAUUUUUUCGUACGUAAAGAUCUUCAAAAGUGAUACGGGAAAAAAAAAUAAAAUAAAAAAAAUAGUAAUAAUACGAGUUACCGUUUUCUCCGUGUAUCGUAUGUACGUGCGCUUGUGUUAUAAUUUACAUAAUCCAAUAUAAUUUCCAACACAAAACGCAUAUAUGUAUAUAAACGCGUAUUUUACUGAGAUAUGCCAUAAAAUUUAAAAUUUACUCCGCUCCGAUAGGUUAAUUAAAUUUUCGUUUCGCGCGUUGCGUGCCGCACUAUAACCGCCGCCGUCGUCGUUUAACGCGCGGCUUCGUUAUCUCGAGAGGAGAAAAAAAAAAAAAAAUGCCACAAUGUCGUUUGGUUUUCUUGGUUUUCCGCACGUUACCGAGACCGACCGACUCCGCGAAUGUAUACGCGAUACGAGGAUAAGAUAACGGGCGCGCGCAUGCGGAUUUCAUAGAGCGCGCGCCAAGGACGGAUUUCUGAAUUUUUAAGAUGAAUACCCGGCCGCGUAGGUAUUAUAAUUUCGAAACUAGAAUAUAGUGUACAAUGCGCUCGUUAUAAUAAUAUAUAUGCGCACGGGUACGCGGUCCAUUUUAAUUGAUAGCCGCGCAAAGCGAGGUCAAUGAUUUUCAAAAAUAAAAAUACGACACAUUAGUCGCACGCGUUCGAUUGUUCGUCCGAAACAAAGUCAGCUGGUUUCGAUAAAACCGAAAAUGGCCGUUGACGCGUCAAAAGUCAGAUGAAUAAUUUUACCGCGUCAAGUCGAUUUAAUUUCAUUUCGCUUGCAACCCUAUUGAGUUUUUGCAAUCUAUACGGUUUAUUCGAACACCGCCGUGUAAAUAACAAGGUUUAGUUUUUGAUUGUUUUAGGUGGGACGGUCUCGACGUUUCGGUACCAACUCAGCGCGAAUACUCGUAGGCUCCCCAUGAAUAUGUUUUAUAUCGAAAUUAAUGAUAAACUUGAGGUUUCAUCGUUUUCCCCACGAUGUCGGCAUAACAAGCUUGCAUCAUAAACGAACAGUGAAAACUCAGUUUUUCGGUUAACAAGUUUAAUUCGGUGUUCAAAUUAGCUUUGCACGCGUGAACUCCCCGUUCAUUAUUAACUUCUACGGGGUAUCGGGUGAAACCAUAUGCCUACUAUAACGCAGAUCGGUACUAUAAUAACCGUGUUCGUUUGAAUAAACCGUCAGUUUAUAUUGUGCGUGCGUUAUGCUUCUUUCCGUAAUAUUUCUACGACUUUCGAUACGUACGGUACGUUUGCGUUGUAUAAUAUUAUAAUAACCCGUUUUAGAAUUUUUUUUUUUUUCAUUUAUACGUAAUACAGCAGCGCGUAUGGGCGGUAUUGUGUUCUAAACCGUAUUGCGUAAAAAUUAACGUAAUUUUUUUUUAUAAGAACGUCGAGUUAAUAAUAAUAAUGGAAAAAAAAAAGUUGCACUAGGUUGUCUAAAUUAACGCGAGUAUAUAUAUAUAUAUACGAUUAUAUCGAAAAUGAAUAAUAUAAGCACAAUAAUUCGUAUGCAAAUAUCGUAUUUAACGAUCGUAUUAUUUUAUUUGUAUUUGUAUUUUUUUCUUUUUUUUUAUGAUCUAUAAGUGAUAAAUUAUGUACCUUUAGUCCGGAAGAAAUCCAUAAUGGCUCGUACGAUACGUAUAUUUACAGUUGGUAAUUUACGCGCCUCCGAAAGAACGCGCGGUCUGAAACUACCGGUAUGGAAAAACAUUUUCCAUAACAUUAUAUUGAAAAUGAGACUGGUUUUUGUUUUCUACGUUCAAACACAGUGUGAUGUAAGGUUACGAAAAUAAUCACACCGAAUCGUCGGGAAAUUUAAAUUCGGUACAUUAUUGGUAAUAAUGGAUGGAAAAUCGUUGGUACGUUAUAGGUGCUGAUAUAUUCCGGCCGUUCGGUAAGAUCUCAUUUUUUGAUUCAUUUUUUUCGUUUUUCGUGAUUUCUCUUUUGUUUUUUUUUUUUCAUCGGGUUUUUCUUCGGCGGUAAUUUAUAAGCAUUAUCGCCACGUGUUUCGUAAAUUUUUCAAUACAUUUAAAUCGUCGGCUAUCGAAACAGAUUGAAUAGAGUUUUGUUACUCUGCGCACUCUUUGGAGUGUUAAUUUUCCGAACUUUCGCGUUAUCAAGAAAAUCGCGAAACAACAUAUUAUUAGCUUUUAAUACGUUCUUAUUUCUUAUUGAUUCUUUCUGUUCGUUACUAUUAUACUUCGUUUGAUCCACAUAUUCGAAAUAUUUUCUAUUCUAUUAAUCUCCAUAGCGACUUAUACUUAACUAUGUCAACGAUUCUCGUUCUGUUGAACCGCAAAACCUAUCGAUUUUCUAUAUUAAAUCGAAUAUUUUAUCGUACGAAUAUUAUAGACGUUUUACUUUGUUUAAACUUGACUGCGGCUUAUUGAUUGUUUCGCUAUUUUCCAUUCGUUUAUAACGUUCUUGAAGUGCUUUGUUGUUCCAUGUUGGUCAUGUUCGUCUGUAUUACGUUUAAGUGUUUCGUAAAUCUGAAAUGUCUCCGAAUGGUCUACCGUUAUACAUGUUAGAAGUUUAACAUUGAACAAUAAAUUCGAUAAUAUUCUUGUUGAAGUUGUCCAAACGUCGUAUAGUUAGGGAGAAGUCACCACUUACUGGCCGUAUUCCUGCUGUGGUCAUUAAUUUUUAUUUUAUUCGUAAAUAGUGUAAUUUUGUUAUUUGAUAAGUCAUAUAAUAAACUGUUGUAGUAUUCGUCGAUAUUGACUAAUAAUAUUAUCUGAGUGAUAUGAAUUAUUUAAAAAAAAAAAAAACAAAACAUAAUAUCGUAAAAAUAUGGAUAGCUAUUGAACGGGAAAUUACGGUUUUAAAAUAUCAAUACUAAUUUUGCAUGCCAUAAUAAUGUUCUCGAGACUUUGAAAUUCUAACUAAGUUUACCGGUGAACUUGUAACGAACUAAGUAUGGUUUAGUUUUGAUUUUUUGAUAGAUUAGUCGAAUACGAAUAGAAACAAUUUCUUGAGAUGAUCACAGGAAGCGACUCCCGCGCUAUACCUAUUCAUAUUAUUUCGUUACUUAACGCGGAAAUACACAUACACAUAUUAUUAUCGUCGUCGUCAGUGGCGGAUUUACAGGUGGUCCGGAUCCCCCCCCCCCUCUGGGACACUGAUAUAAUUUCAAUAAAAUGUCGUCCAAAAAAAGAGGCAUCUGUUUAGUUGAGAUACCUUUUAAAUAGAAACAAUUUUUUCAGGACCCCUACCAGAAAAAUGUUGAAAAUCCGCUACUGGUCGUCGCCUAUACGGCAAUGCCCGCUGCAGUAGCUGCACAGACCGCGGGAAAUUUCCGAAAAUGGUCGUGAAAAAUAAUGAGAGGGGGGAGAGAAAAAUUAAUUUUAACGAAAUGACGGCAUCGCCGGUUUGAUGACCUCACACGCCCGUUCGCGCGUCAUACAUACGCGAUUUUCGAGCGUGGGCCGACCUAACCGCGCGCGCCGAGAUCGGCAAGGAUAUUUCGGCCUACGCUAUUUUUGUUUUUUUUUUUUUUUAAUAUAUACACAUACUUACAAACAGACACUUAUCGUCAUAUAGGUUUACCUUAUAACUAACUACUCCUUUUUUUUUUUUUUACAAUUAUCAUAAUACACUAUCGCAAGUGUGUGUGUGUGUGUCGACGAUCGAAUCUCUAGGUAUAAUAUUAUUAUUUAGCGUUAUAUACGUAAUAUUAUUAUCGUCGUCGUUGCCCACGUACCCUCCGCCCCGGUCGCCGUUAUCGCCUCCGAAAGGUUUUCGACAUUUUGUUUUUUUUUUUUAUUAUUCGCACGUGGGCCGUUCUUGACGGCUGGCUGUAUAAUAACGUUUCGUGCCGAAGGAUCGAAAACGCAUUAUUUAUAAUAUUAUUAUUAAAGUACGGGCGAAACGGGUUUCUUUAGGACGAUUUUCCUCGUACGUACACGACGGUGUUAGCGACGACGAAUGGGUCACCGUUCGGAGAUUAAUCGCGCACGAUAUAUAUUUUUAAUUUUUUUUUUUUUUUUGCUUUAUGUUCCCACUCGAAAUUCGCCCAUACGCGAAUAACCGCGGCUCUACAAUAUCGUACAUAUAAUGUUUUUUUUCUCUUUAAUCGCACGUGGGUAUAGCGCACGGGUAUUGCACGAAACGCUCGACAGAAAUGCACAAGAGUAGUGUUACGUGUUACCUGGUGGUUUACGAAAAAAAAAAAAAAACCCGCUUUAGAAAAUAUUCAUACCCGUGUACACUACACGCCCGCCGACACAAUAUUAUUAUCAUUCCGUUUUCGGUGUAAUAUAAUGUACGGCGGCGCGUAAAACACCUCAACCGUUUCGAGUGGAACUGCACCGGUGCAAUAACAUUCACAGUUUAAUUUCUUUCGAACAUUCGUACAACAAACAAAAACAAACGUAGGUAUAUAUUUUUGUAACUUAUUUCUAUAUAUAUACAUAUAUAUGUUGUUAUAUGUCAUUGUAUUCGCCGAACGUAUGUUUCGUAACGUUGCAGAGCCUUUGUUUUAUUUAUUUUGAAAAAAAAAAAAUAAUAAUAAAAAAAAAAUAUGUAACACAUAUUCCAUAAAUGCAACAAAUUAUUUGUAAUACAAUUACGGUCCGUAUCAAUUUCGUAUAGUUUCGUUAUUGAGCAAGAAACCACGAGAUUCGUAUUGCGUGUGCAAGCGCGCCCUUAAAAUAACGCGCUUCAUAAUCAUAGGUUGGGCAAAAAUCACUUCCACCCCGGGUGAUAAGAAUUGAAAUAUAACCUCAAACAAAACAGUAUCAUUUGUGUCAACGAAAUGACGACCCUGCCAUGAUACGUUACAAGAUUGCCGAGACUUCUGUCAUAAUUAAUAUAUUUAAGACAUUUUAGGUGGACCGUUUGAACAAUACGAGGAUAUAGAGCAAUUUAAUUUAUGUACCGAAAUCAACAAUUGAAAUCAAACAACGAUUUUGAAUAGAGUAGUACUUUUAAUUUAUUGGUAGUAUCCCUUGUUCUUUAUCACACGAAAGGCCGCGCCUUAUCGAUGCAGAUCUGAAUGUCCGUUCUUCACUGUUCAUCGCCAAUCUCUUCGUAUUAUAUCAGCAUAUCGGAUGCAACCGGUUCAUAAUCUCAUUAUGUAUUCGAUAAUCAAUGCUUUCCUGGGUCAUCCUCUUCCUGUUUGUGUUUUACGUUUGACCGUUUAUCCGUUCUUCUGAUCGAACUUCAGUAGUAAAGUUUUAUAACUCUUUGUUUGCAGCCAAAGUAACCCAGAAACAAAAACUGACGUGUCCGGGUCAUUUGUUUUCGGUAGUUUUUCAAAUUUUAUAAAAAAAAAAAAAAAAACCCUUAGGGAAUAUAUAUAUAUUUAUAUAUAGAUAUAUGUUUCAAACAGAGUACCAAAUGGCAAAAAUAUCUUUUGAUAUAUACUUUUGUAUUUUAUUAUUAUUAUUAUUAUUUUUUUAACGUUCGUAGAGGUGUGAUAUAUUGAACUUGGAACGUUAUGAAAACACGGGAUAUUUUGAGAGGGUACGUUUAAUAGUUUUGUAAUAAAAAAAAAAAAAAGUAGGCGCGUAUCUCGAUGUUGACAAUGAUGGAUGGACGCGGUUUUCUGAAGAGUAAUGAUGGUAUAUACCGACACAUACCUACUCUUCGGCGGCGUCUCCGCAACAACUUCAAAUCGUUAAACAGAAGACUACGGUGUUGGAUACUGUAUUAUAUAUUUGUAAUUUUGGACGAUUGUUUCAGACGGCGUUCGGACCAUUAAAUCCGGCGUUACACAAUACUGUAACGGGUUAGUCAUUUUUAAAAACCGAUAUAAUAAUUUGUUUAUUAUAAUAACUCUCGUCCGCGCGAUCGUAUUAUUAUUGUUUGUGUAUUUUUAACGAACUUUCGGUUUAUCGAAAAGAGUAUCUUGGCAUAAUAUACACGUACAAAAAAUGAAAGUCUUGUUAAUAAAGUGUUUUUAUUUUAUUUUCCGAAUCAUUGUUAACACGCGUUUCCGCUACAAUUUAAUGACGUAAUAUUAUAGCCGAUUCUUAUCGAAGUGAAAGGGAUUCGACUUACAAACGGUGGCGCAGCGAUGGUCUGGGAAUCGAACCGCCGUCGCCGGAUGAAAGACGCACUUGAAUCGUGGAUCAAAUAAUUAUAAUAAUGACUGGGAUUUCCGGAUCGUACACCUACCUACGUUGCCUGAUUAUUCCGAUCGAAAAUCAAAAGCGCACGUCCGAAUUCGUGGUUACUAUGCGAUCCGUUAACCGGGCCGGACUGGGCAGAUGCUAUCCCAGAUGUAAACGCGGCCCGUCUCAUUAGCCAAUGCCCUGUUUUUUUUUUUUUUUUUUUUUUUUUAAAUGCUUAAAUUCGAGUAUAUUGUAUGUUUCUAUUCGAAUUAAAAAAACAAACAUAAAUGCGAGCAGAUUCUGUUUCAUUGUCUUCUAUAGUCCGUGAUCUUUUUUGGCACCGCCCCACGGUCCAACCAAGGACUGCGGCCCACUAUCCUCUAAGACAGUAAAUCGCCGGUUUAGUCGGUUAAGUAUAAUAUACUCGAUAUUAUCGUUUAAAUACAGAAAAUUGUAUACAUAAAAAUUUCUAUAAUUAUAUAGGUAUAUAAUACAACAUAAGUAUUAUUCGGAUAGAUUGAAAUUUUUUUUAGUAAAAAAUACUUCGCGGUUUUUGUUAAAAUAUAAAAUAUCCCAGUAUUUGUAAUACUUUCCGAAAAUAACAGCUAUACUAUCCAAACGAAAUAUUAUCGUUUUUUUUUUCUUCUAAUACGCGAUAGUACUCGGCUGAAAUAUGAAACAUAAGCGAAAGUCUCCUGCAUAUACGAUAAUAUAAUAGGUAUUUAUUUUGUUCUCCGUCGAUAUAACUGCAACGCACCGUGUCGUGUAUAUAUUAUAUAAUCAACAUAUAUUAUAAUUUUUUUUUUUAUUUUUUUGCUCACGUUCGAUUUUAUUGACACGGGCGAUGCCGACCAGUACACCAAGUACAAGCGAACAGGUAGUGAUUUUAAUAUUAUUUCCGAAUGUAAAAUCUCGAGAAUUACAUUUAGCGGUUACCUCGUCAAUCCGUAUUGAUAAAUGUUGUUGGGUUUUGGAAGAUUCACCAUAAUACUACCGUAGUAUCGUGUUUUAAAAAUUGCUUCCACUACAAUAACGUGUUUAAAUUAAUAUUGCAAUUCAAUCCUUGUCACUUCAAUUCGCCUAAAAGAUAACUUUAAUGCACGAAUUUGAGCUCAUUUGGUCCAGAGAGGGCCACUAGAGGUGAACAAAAGUAACGGGUAAAAUAUAUAUACAUAUAUACAUAUAUAUAUAUAUAUAUAUAUAUAUAUAGAGAGAGAGAGAUAAUAUAACGGACACAUUAAUGUACUGCAAUGGUCGCUGUUUUACAAAAUCUGUAAUUUUUUUUGUAUACAUUUACUAGAUAUUUUUUUUGUUUUUCAAGUUGUAUUCUAAUCUUUUUUACGUUAAAUCAUAAUUAUUUUGAGACGGAAUAAUUUUUCAACGCACGGUUUUUGUGUUCAAAAACGCACUCACGCUGAUAUCCUCUUAAAAUGCGUUUAAGUUACCCGCAGAGGAACCCGCCGAGAGUUUUUACUGCAUUAAUUAUAAAAGCAAAACAAAAUUUGUAUUUUUUUGUUCUAGCCUCACAAUUAUAUUUUUAAUUGUUAUCGUUCAACGGAAUAUUCUUCCCGCGUUAUUCGCAAUCCGCUUGGUACCUAUCUGUAAUUAUUUUCGCUUUCGUAGUUUUACAGAAACUGCACUAAUUAUAUUAUGCAAUUCCGUACAUUAUAAUAUAGAUGGUAAAUACGAACGAAUCUUGUUCGUGUAAUGUGUACCUAAUUAACAAGAUUGCAUAAGUUAUAAGUUUGUAACUAAUUCGUUUAAAUCGUUAAGUGGAGAAGUUUACGCAAAACACGAAUUUAAGUUCAAAAUUAUCGAUAUUUGUUUGGUUUAAGUUAAAAGUUCUUAAUAUUUUAUUAAUAGCUAGGAAGAAGUUUAUUUAAAAAAGUUGGACAUACAUUUCGUUAUCAUUGGUUUAUUAACGACGGUAAGUUAUUGCACACAAUUAAUGACGAUCGUUAUUGGAGUUCAAUCAAGUUUUAUCGAUUGUUUUUCAUAUCAAUCUACACAACCAAGAGAAUACAGAAAUAAUUAAACGGUGAUGGGAAAAAAUAAUUGAAAUGACAAUACAUCUGUCGUUGUUUUUUAAAAUCGUAUUAGUGGUAUUGUAAAACUAUCGGAAAUCUAGAAUUGCUCAAUUUCCACCGGCAGAAAAUCCGCAUGUUUUACGGUGUGCACAAUUUUCAGCGGUACUGCAUUACUAAACAGAGUAAAAUGAGUCGUAGUUAUUAUUGACAAAAAUUCGUCAGUCUUUCCCAUUUAUUAAGAAAACUACGAGUAAAAUAAAAUUAAAAUCUCCUAAAUGCACCAAAAUGGUUCAAAAACUUGACAAGAUAUAGUUCUUGAACAGUUUUUAAUCGGGGCAAGAUUUCUGGUAUCGACAAAAGUUGUUUACAGACACACACACACACACAAAAACUCCUAACAGUAAAACAAAAAAAAAAAUCCAUUAUACAUCGUAUACAUAACUUCUUCGAUCCAUUCGGAAUCCAGAGGAGAAAAAUCGUGAACGUACGAUAAUAGUAACGUAAUUGAAAUUAAUUUGACUUUUCGACUUUUAACUCGUCGUAAACGCCCCAGCCUUGCGGCUGCCGGUAUAGAUACCCAUAAUAAAUAUAAUUAAUUCGUUUGACCAGCCGCGAAUGAUAUUAUUAUAACGGUCUGUUGGUUUUUUUCCCCUCGAAAUUACCGCGGAAGCGGACAAUAUUUAACCGGGUAUUAAUCUGUUUGUACGCUGUUGUUUUACACACGCGCGGACGUUAAUAAACUUCGAAAAAAAAAUAUAAAAAAAAAAAAACCCAUUACGUUAUUGCACGUCAUUUAUAGUUCUGCGGUGCAUAGUAAUCAUUAAUAUUAUUACACAGAUAGGUACCUACACACGUCGUCGUUUAUUCUCGGGUGGCGUAGAACUGCGCGAGGAAGAACGGCCGCGAGUUGCAUAAGUAGGUCGCGGCAAUUAGCAAUAGAGCGGGUCGUCGUGGAAAAAAAAGUGAAAGUGAAACAAAAGGAUGAAGAUAAUACUCGCUGUACACACGUAUAGAUGCAAAUUGUAUACAUACAUAUGAUGGAUAUACGGGCGCGGGUAAGUUUAUAUUUUUACCGUAUGAACGGGUUAAAAAAAAAAAAAAAAUAAAAAUAAAAAUAAAUACUAUAUUAUUAUUAUUAUGAAUGUUUGUCCUUGAGCGGUCGUCACGUCAUUUUAUUUCGCCCAGUAAUCUCUGGGGCGAAACGCGGUCCGUUUUUUAUACGCGCAUGCACGGUGCGCUGGUUUUUCACCGUCGCAAAUCAAAGAAAAAACAAAAGUCUGUAUCUCCGAAAAAACACACGUUUAUUUUCCGGGCCAUAUCGUUCGAUAUUAUUACGAUGACGAUCGAUACGGCGGCAUUUGACGGUGUUGCGCAUUUCUUCAAGGCUGUAAAAGUUAACGAUGGACAUUUUUCAUGAAUUCAUUAAAUUCGAAGUAAAUUCGAAAAUUCAAUGAACUUAUAUUAAACUCGAAAUUCCGGGCAUAUUAUUGGUCAAACCUUUAGCGAUUGUGUUCAGGUCAAAAGAAAUUGAAAUGAACUCGUUAUUAAAUAAGUUGAUGUAAAACAAAACCAAGUCAAGUCAAUUCAAAGUUAAUAAAAAAAAUCAAAGGUUAAAAACUAAGCAAAAAGUUAAACCUUUUCACCCCGACCAGACUUGCGUUUUUCAGCCGCAUUUUUUGGAACACAUUUUCGCAGUGAUGUUCCAAACACCCGACUAAUACAACAACACCCUACAUCCGACACGCGAUGACUCGAAAACUUGUGCUAUAUCCGCAAAUUUCCGUACAAGUCCAUCCGUCGAUUGAUUUCGGUAAUAAAAUUAAAAAUUUCAACAGUCGAUGAUUGUUAUUGUUUCAUUUUUUUUCGAGGUUACGGUUUUUCACUGCUCUGGCCGGUCGUUAUCACGUUCCCGGGCAAUAAUAAUAUUGUUGGAUGUAAUCCGCAGUGCGUUAUCGGUAUUAUUACAAUAUUAUAAUGGUAUACUAUUACCUGUUGCUAUUACCGCGCCGGACUCGUGCCGGCCGUAUUACAGUUGCGUGUUGGCGUUUAGUGAUGGGUUUUUUUUUUCGAUCGUUCUUUUAACAAUAAUAAACGGCGUCAAUAAAAUAUAUUGCGUAACCGUUGUUUUUUUUUUCACCUCUCGCCACCGGUGCAUCUACCUACUUUACACUCGUGUAUACCUGUACCUGCCUGCAUUCAUUCUGGACACUCGAGCGAACGGCUGCGUGUGGGAACGCGUACCGUUGCCCUCGACGGUAAAAAAAAAAAAAACAACACGCCUAGGUCGGCCUCGGACUGACGCGAACCGAACAGAUGGCCGCGUGCGAGAGGGUAUCCCGGCGAACGAAUAAUAAUAACAAUAAUAUUGGACAAUAUUAUAUGUGCACGCCGAUUUGCCCGCAGUUCAAUACCAUGUAUAGAGAUAUCGAUUUCAUAAUUUAUGUAUGCACGUGUAUAAUAGAAUAGAGAGAAAAAACUGCAAGAUGUUUUUGUUUUACCAUUGAGUAAGAAUAUUAAUAGAUUGAAUCGUAGUUAGAUGGCUGAAGAUAGACGAAUCAAGUCGGACAGUUAUAAUGUAAUAUCGGUGCGAUCAUUUUCCGCCGUGUUUGUGGCGAUUACAAUCGUAUCGCUUACACAUAUCAUAUUAUUUUGCUAUGAUAUUAUUAUCAAAUAUUCGGUAACGGAUGUUAUGGUGGUAAAAAAAAAAAAAAAAAAUAGAUUGACACGGUCCCCGAGCGUCAAAUCGCCAACCCUUCGACUGUACACGCGGCCACUUCUCCUUCCGCCCGAAACCAGUUAAAAUAAUUUAGAGUUAGAAGUCAGUGGUAGUGCGAGAGACUAAGUUUUGAUUCCCGGCCACCUAAUUGUUCAGCACUCUUUUUCGGAUGAGGAUUUUCGCGUCAAGGGUGAUUUAUCACUAUUAUCACCGAAAUUCUCACAAAAAUGGACGACCAUUUCGCAUAAAACCCGUCGCUCGUUAUGGUACACGCCAUAUGAACGUAUCAACCAAUAAGCGUUCCGCGUGUUUGUUCAAACAUUAAAACGUUCAUGCAAGAAAGUCAGUGUACUAAAUGUAAACCUAAAAAACCUAAUAUCUAGCCGAUGAAAAACCACGAUUAUGGAUAAAACGGAGGAGAAAAUGGAUACACCACAUUGGAUGAGCCACUGUAUUUCUCAAUCAUCCGGAAAAAGAAUAUUCACUAUUGAUCCGUGAAUUGUUUAAAUUAUGAAUUUAUCACAAUUCUAUCGUUAUUUUGUCGUUUUAUCAAUAAUCAAAAAUCCUACGGUGGAAAUUCGGUAAAGUUAAACGGUGAUUUCGUUACGAACAUUUAUAUUUUAUAAAUUUAUACGAACAAAUUGUGGGUAGUCUUCAUUGCUGAACUUUUAACAAAUAAUUUUUAUAAAGUCGGUCAAAGUAUGUAUCGACGACGAACAGUCAAGACUUUUGUAAUUCCGUGAUAAUUUAUUAUACAAAAAGAAAAUUACGAAAGUAUUGCCAUAAGUAUUGAAUACAUCGUGUACGUUGUUUACGUUAGUGAACUUUUAUUUGCCAACUUAAUCACGUUAAAUUUAUUUUCACAUUUUAACUUUUCACUGAAGACUAUGUGUUUAUUCGACUGUGGUAUUUAUUGUUCAAUAUAUCUAUUAUUGUUUUUAUUGACAUGCUCACAUUUGCAUAAAAUAUAUGGAAACAAAACGAAACAAAAAAAAAAAAUAAUAAAAAUACAAAUAAAAACUGUGUCACCGGCUCGCACAACGUUUUGGAGAUUUGUUCAUUCCCGUUUUCGCGCUGUACUAGUUUCGGUGUAACAAUCAAUAGUUUUCGCUUAGGUUUAUUUAUUUAUUUUUUUUGUUUUUCGAUUCAAAUUCGUUUUUUUUUGUUUUUUGUUUUUUUUUUAUCGAAAUUAUUAAAAUAACAAUAACGAUACCUAUAUAAGUAUACCGUUAUUGUAAUAAGAAAUAUACACGAAUUUUACGCGAAAAAAUGCGCAGUAGGUAAACGAUUUUCUGUGUCACCGGCUGCGAGUAACCCGUAAAAUUAAAAAAAAAAACAAUGACAUGGCCAAAUAUAUGACAGUGUAGUUUGAUAUUAUUAUUAUUUCAUCUCUUAAUUAAAAACAAAAACGUCAAACUGUUUAUUUUACGGAAAUAUCGAUGUAAAAAUAUUAAAAAAAAAAAACGCAUUCUUUACUAUUAAUCAUUUUUAUAUAAUAAUUAAAUACCGGACAUACCAUAGGUAGCUCGAUUUUAGGUAGGUAAUUUGGACUGUAUAGCAUAUUAUAUACAGUGAGCGUUCCGUAUAAUUUAGAUUGUACACUGACAGUAACGAUAAAUCAUUUGUAAUCAAAAUACGAUUUUGAGAGGAGCUCGGUAAUAUUAGCUCGGCAAAGUUCUGGUAUUAUCGCCGUAUAGCCAAGGUACCAAUAUAACCCGAAAAUAAACAGAAAAAAAAACAAUAUAUACUACCGUUAUUUUUUUUUAUUUUUCAGAAAAAACCCUUAGGAAUCUAGACGAAAAUGUUUCAAGUAAAGUAUUACUGAGCAAAAAUUUCGUUUCUUUUAAUGUAACCGUGUGAAAAGAUUGAAGCAUUGUACUUAUCCAAAUGUAUUUGCAAGAAAAACGUAAAAAUCUGUUUUUUUUUUUUUUUUUUUUUUUUGGAGUAUUUAGACUAAUAAUUUGUCAUUUAAAGUACUGCCGUAAUGUCAGGUGGAAAAUCCAUAAUUUUUAUCGUACAGCGUGAACAAGUUGGUGCAUCGUUUUUAAACCGCAAGGCGAAAUGUUGUUCCCAGGGGGAUAAAACACAUCUUAAUAAAACGUGUAGCUCUUUCGCAAUGCACCCAGAAUCGAAUAACUAUAAUAUUAUUGCAAUGAUAAUCGAAAAUGAUUAACAGAUCGAUAGACGAGUUUAUAUUUAAUGAUAAAAUGACAAGGAAAACUGUUAAUAAUUAUACAUAUAAUAUUAUUGCGGUAUCGCCUCGCCUAGCUAAGGUAACGCAUAAUACGUCAAACCAACGAAAACAAAAACCUCGGUUCGUCAUUUUAUCGGCCUGAUCGAUAGUUUUUGACGCGGCUUCGGAAUACUGCAAUAAUAUUAUAAUGAAUGUCAAGAUGUUAUUUUUUUUUUUCAAAUUUUUCCGUUUUGAUACGGGUAUUAUAUGUAUACACAUAAGAAUGAGAACAUACUUUUUAAGACACCACGCGCGUGUUAAGAAAUAUUUGAUUACAUUGUUUUUUUUUUUUACCCGCCUAAUUGCAAACGCAAUAAAAAUGAUUACAGUAAAUUGUUUUAUUUGUAUACAUUGUUGUAUAUAAUAUUAUAUACGUGUUGCUAUUUUUAAUCUUACAGUAUGGCAGUAUGGUUUGUGCCGUAAUAAUCGUAUCUUUUGAUGACCGCCGUGUGCUUUAUAAAAUAUAAUCACAGUGGUGAAAAAAAAAAUAACACAAAUUUAAUCUACACUAAUUGGACGGCAUCGGUCAUCUUGCGGCUGUGCGAAAACGACGACGGGGGAAAAAAACAGAUUGUUUAUAACGGCUCGCGAACGAUCGCGCAUUUCGUCGCAUGACGCGCAGAUUAAUAUGUAGGUAAUGAAUACGUCUGCGGUAUUUGAUGUGUAGAUUAUUAUUAUUAUUAUUAUUUAUCGCCGUUAUAGACGAUGUUGUCUGACGAUGACGAAUCCCCGAAAACCGAAAGUGGUCAAACUCGAUGCCCGUUCGAUUGACAUCACGCGGCGAACCGGUCGUUUUCGUAAAAAAAAAAAUAAUAAUAAUAAAAAACAACAGUGAGCAACAUAACUCGGUUAUAAAAGUAGAAUUUCCCCUCUGUCUACUUUGUAUUUCAAAGAUAAAAUAAUUUAAAUUUUAGAAAUGAAAUGACCAUACCUUGAAACAAAAAUGUCCACCACCAAACAUUUUCUAAAAAUCUAUUUUACAAAAUGGCUAUUUUGAAUUUUUUUUCAAAAAAUUAUAAAAGAAUUUUAAAUUUUAAGUCCCCAUAAAACAAAAAAAAAAUGUUAAUUUAUGAACUGUAGCGCUGGGGUAUACUAAUUAUUUAAAAAAAAAAAAAAACAUAUCAAAAAUAUUGAAUAGAACAAAAAUUAUUGAAUUUGUCGAAACCUCGCGGCACACCCUUUAUAGUCGUUGUAAAUAACUGAAUUACUAUAAUAACUCGUAGCAAAGAACUAUACUGUUCUACACUAUUUUAUACUACUUCCGAAGAAAGAAAAAAAAUGGUGAAAUUUGAGCUUAAAAAUGGUUGGUCGACGAUAGUUGAAACCUCCGAAAGGCACAAUCUAUUGAUAUUUAACGCCGCGCGUAUACAUUUCAUCACCUAGCUUCGUUUUUUGGAGAAUGAUUCUAGGGCACCGUACAAAACUUUAAAAAAACACUACCUACCGUAACUCAAGUUCCCGCGAGUCCACGAGCUCAUCCACAGUCUCUAUAUUUUCGGAGGAAAUUCUACAAAAAAAAAAUUAAAUCCCGAGUGGAUGAGCGGGUGAAAAUAUUGCGUUUGUUUAUUAUUGUUGACCGAGAACAGGCGUCGUUUUUCAAAGGAUUAUUCGCGCAAAUAAACGCGUAUGCACGAUUAGGUAAGUUAAAAACUGAAUAAAAACGGAUCGACAGUGGUCGGGGUACGAGCGGGGUAUGUCCGCGGAAUCCGCUCGACAACGACGAAAAAAUAAAAUACGUUUAUUAUUGAAGUGUUAUGAUAUCAUUGGCACAGACCGACUUUCUCACGGUCCAUCGGUCGCGUUCAUGCACCAGCGUUGAUGUCACGUAAAUGUGUGUGUGUGUGUGUGUGUGUGUGUAUAAUACUAUAUACGUAGAUAAAAUACAUGGCGGGUAACAAAGGCGACGAGGGGAGACACGGUGUGCGACGAAACGCAUUUUUAUGCGGUGGAGCGCGGCUAUUUAAAUUCUCCGAGAUGUUUUAUUUUUGUUUUUUUGUAGUAAUUUCUAGAGAAAAAAAAAAUACGAAAAAAAAAAAACAUACAAGGAAAGAAUGCAUCUUUCCGACGUCGUUGUCGUCGUAUACCGUUGGAAUAUACACGACGUAUAAUACAAUAAUAAUAUUACGAGUGAGCCGCAGUUCGGACGACGACAACGACGACGUACCGAAACGUCGUUGUAAUGUUUUAUUCGCCGUGCUGCCGAGAGGAGACUCAAAUAGAUUAUCAAUAAAAAUACACCCGUGCGCUGCAUAGCGGAGCUUAAACCGUGUAAUUUAUCGGUCGCGUAUUGUAAUAACAUUAUACGUAGGUAUACCUCUGCCUGUAUUACAAUAUUAAUAUUUAUGGUCUCCCAGAAACGGAAACGGCACUUAAAUCGUACAUUUUUUCUUAUAAUAUGAAAUUGCAACUGCGGUAUAUUAUUGUUUAGGUACACGCCCCGAUGAAUAAUACCUAGGUACGUACCGCAACAAUCCACGCGCCUAUAAAAUAAAUACAUAAUCGCUGAAAUAUAAUAUAUAUUUAUAUACCUGUGCAUAGGACACGUACGUCAAAUACGUAAUAUUUUAUGCUACGUGACGCGUUUUGCGUUUGUCUGGAUACGGGGAUAUUUUCCCUUAAUAGUCGGAAAAAGAACGUUAACAAAACGGUUUUUUUUUUUUUCUUAACCCGACUAAAUUCGAAAAUGUAACAAUUUAUUCCGGUUUACCGACGGAAAUAAACUAUAAGGCGUCUAUAAAAUAAAAUAUCGGCCAACUAUAGACAAUCGUUUUCUAUUGUCCGCCCGCCACGGUUAACGUCCAUUCGAGGCUUCUACUAUGACCUAACACUACCACACACAAGUGUCGGGCGUGUAACCGGUGACGCUGUAAUAGUUCGCUUACUUCGUCACUUCGGCAGUGUGAUAAUACGCUGUGAGUACACUGCAGUGUAAUCGCGAAAUGGAGCGUCUUGUGAAACGCCGACAAGAGCAGCUUUUGUUGCAAUGGACUAUAGGUUCUCUUCUAGCAUUAACGAGUUUUAAUGUCAAAGUCUAGUCAAAAAAUGUUUGUUCGUUUAAACUUAAAUUAUAAUUUCACUGAACGUUGUUUUGAACAUUUGAAUUCGUACGUUAAACUUGACCGUAGUUCAUACCGUGUAGUUUUUUUGUCGACUUUUAACUUUUAACCGAACGUUCCUUCUGUGUAUUUCGCUCGGCUCGAUCAAGUCAUUACGUGAGUGUACGUUUACCCAACACGGUUCGAGUAAUAUAUUAUAGGAAUGGCGUCGCGCUAUACAUGGGCGUUUUCAAACGAGAAAACCGCAAUCGUUAUUCCCAUUUUCCAUUUCGGUCCGAGACACUGCAAUUUGCAGUAUAGCAUAUAUUAAUAAUAUUAUUAUUAUUGUAUUUUAAUGUAUGCGCAAUAAUUAUAUCAGCGGCCGCGACGAAUAACUAGUUUUUUGUAGAACGAUCGUCCUGCUAAUGCUGCUGCUGGCGGGGGUUGCUAUAGGCAAUAAUAUUACGAUAGUGCGGACAAAAGAACACACGGGCGUCGUCGCUAAUAUAUUAUUAUUUUAUACACAUAUAUUAUUUAGGUAUAUAGGUACGUAAGUCUUGUCGGUGUCGAUCUAAAUAUACGCGCUACGUAAUAACUGUCGGGAACGAAAAAAAAAAAAUAUCGCCCGGACGCGGAGGAGGAAAACGCCGCGCGUCUCCCGAUGCAAAUCCCGCGACGCCUACGGGUUUUGCAUUAUGGAAACGAGUGUGCCUGACAUACACACACACAUACACAUACACACACAAACCACACGUACUUAAAAAAAAAAAUGUUAAAAACACACUCAAACGUGCACACACAUAUAUACACACACUAAAAAACACGCACGCACGCGCGAGGUGUGGCACAUAUUCACAAUAAUGUCCGCGUAACAACAACAAGGUCGAUAUACUCUUUACACCGCGCUGCGUACACGCUCGUCUGUUUGCGGGUUCGCCGACUUCCUGGUGUCAAGACGGCGGAGAUCGUGAUCGCGUCGAUCCGAGCUAUAUAGCAACGAUAAUUUAUAAUCACGGUAUCCACUCUGAUUCGAUACUCUACUAUUACCUAUACAGGGCGAUCGGCAUACAUGGCGCGCAAGACACUCGUUAUCUCAGAAAGUAUUAGUUAUAUCCAUAGUUUGUCGUUUUUUGGAUAUGGGCGCCCGUGCCGUAUAAGAAUAUGUUUAGGGUAUAAAACACCCGUUAGAUAUUAGACCGGAUGGUGUAGAGUAGAUGUAAUACAAACACCAACUAAAUAUUUGAUUUUCAAAGUUUUAAAAAAACUCCGAUAUGAUGACCGAUAUUAAUAUCACGUUCAUGUCUUAACAAUGAGUAGCUGUAUUUACGAAACAUAUUAUAGAUUUUUUUUCAAGUGUAGGGAAAUUAUUGAAAUUCGAGACAUCUAGGGCACUCGUACAUUUUUCAAAAUCUGGAGUCUAAAAUUAAAUAAAGAACUCGACUAUUCAAACAUCACCACACAAAUAUUAUGUUCUACUAUACUAUGCUACUAUAUUAAUUAACUAUAAUGAUCGUGGUUUUAGACUGUAGGCUACGUAAAUAAUUCUACCUGAAUACUAACGAGUUGAUUGUAAACUAUUUGUAUUUGUAAUAUACUAUGAGUAAACACGCUGACCCAAUCACUGAACUACCCACCCACCACCAAAAUAUUAUGAAGUAGGGCAUUUGCCCUACCUGAAUAUAGAGUUCGGCGCCACUGCUCAGAGAUGAGUUGGAACAUUAUACUUAUUAAGUACUGAUUAUACAUACGCACCCUAUUCCUCGUACGAAUGCAGUUUUCGCUAAACGUUUAAUUUAUUAGCCUCGAAAGAAGUUCUCUGUUGAUUUUCAAUCCAAUUGGUGAAAAACGAAUUGGGAGCUUUUCCAGUAGCUUUGAUCCUCCGGUUUGUAACGGUUUACCAUUAUUAUUAUUUUUACUAUUUCUGUAUAAUUUAAAAGGUAUUGUUUAUAUCUAUUAGAUGUCCAAUAAUUGUAUUGAUAUUAUUAUCUUUAUAAUAUCGAUCACCCUGUAUAAUUAUACACGUGAAGUGUACCAUCGUUAUCGAUGCCGAUGCGCGUACCUAUAUUAUUAAACUAUACUCGGGAAUCACGUGCGUUCGAAAAUGUUGUUACGUAAAAAUAAAAAAAACACGUUUUUCGGUGCUUCUUAUAGCGUGUCAUUCUCUUACCGCGGCGCCAGCGGCGAACUUUCACCUUUCCCCCUAGCUCCAUUAUAUUAUUGUUCCUGUAUAAAUUAUUAUCUGUCCGGGGUGACAGCGGCCUAGCUGCGCAUAAUGGUUAUGUACAGGAAACGAAAUAGCAAUAAGAAAAAAAAAAAAAAAAAAAAUGUCACGGCCGCUACUAUAUAAGGUAUAGGUCACCGCUGUAGGUGAAAAGUUGCCACAAUCGGGACGAUGGGAUAAUAAUAUUCACACCGGUACAUCACUACUGUCGGUUCAAAGGGAAAAAAUGAUACAUAUUAGGAAACAUUGAAUUUAAAUGCCUACUGUUGAGUUCGGCGAUAAAUUAGUGUAAACAAAUAACGAUUCUGCGCGAACAAUAAUUGAUCGUGUUUUUUAACGUACAUUUUGUCAAAUUUAGUGAUCUUACGUCACCUAUAAAAAUAAAUAACCUAUUUGCGCUCAAUUUUUUUGUUUUUUCAAUAAAUUAUUUGCCCAAUGCACCAACCAGGAAGGUCUUCAGUGACCGUCACCGAAGUUGGUAAAUUUUAAGCGACGUUUCUGUUCGAUACGUAUUGUUCGCACUUUAUGUAACACUGUAAGUACACAUCAUGCUUAGAUCAGAAUUAAUGAAAAAAAAAAAAAAAAAAAAGAACCAUUUUUUCAUGAAGUAUUGUUUUGUUCACAGUAUUGCCUCCAGCAUGAUUUUUCGUUUUACCCGUAGAUCCGUUCUGUGGAUUACGACCGACUAAACUUGGAAAUCUAUGACCUUUCCAGAUUAGAUUAGAUCACAGUCCGACAAAUUUGUUUCUAUAUUAUACUACAAAUCGAUUGCGCUUCGUUUUUUUAAAUACUUAAUACUAUUAAACCCAUCAGAAUUGUUUGGCGUGGGGGUACCAAUUACAUUAUCGCGACUGCAGUACGUCGAUAGCGUAAUAAUAUUCAAUUUUUGCUUCUAAAAUCUGCGAUACUGCAGUUGUAUUUUCGUCGACCUUAUGCAGAUUUUGUCAGUUCAAAAUUUUUUAUGUAAUCACAAUUAUAACUUACAAUAUGAAAUAUUAUUAUUAAUGCAUAUUUCGGACUGGCUUCGCGGUUUUCGUCCGACACGAGCAGGUACUUAUUUGGGUCGUCGUUUGCAGUCGCGGUUUUCACGGGAUAACCGGUGCCGGGCUUUUCGGUCAGACCUAGUUUAUAUUAUAUUAUUAUUGUGCGGCGAAAUUCGGUUGGUUCAGACCGUAUCGGACGGUGGUGGACGAGUGAAAUAAAAGAAACAAAAAAUUCGCCGCAAAACCGCAGCCUCCGGAGGUACGCGCGCGUAUACUAUUAUACUAUUAUUAUUACGAUGACUGCAGCCGCGAGUGCGGACCGCACCGUCGUCGUCGGUAUAAUAUUCGAGCGAUAUCAAAAGUCCUUCAAAUUCAAUAAUAAUAUUAUAAUAUCGUACGAAAUAUUUUGCCAUAUAACAAUGACGCGAGCACGAGCCGUCGAAAGCUGAAAAUGCGGUCGACGCCGGGUAAACCAGCCGGUACGAUACUAUUAUAUAUUAUAUUUAAGUAAUAUUAUCCGUGAAUGUGGCGCUAUCUAUCUAGAAAAAUUAUGCGGGAAUAAUAAUAGUAGUGAUGUGGUCGUCCGAAUUCGCAAUGGCUUGAGCAUGAAGGGUUAGUCUCUCCCCAUUGUCUUAGAAAUGCAACAAUUGUGAGUAUUUAUUUAGUAGAUUCGUCUUGAAAUUAUGUAUUUUAGUCAACUGACAAGGAAAACAGUUUGAUUUAUUGAAUACAUAUUGUUUUCUUAGAAUCCGACUUUUAAAUUCUCAUUAACGAGUUAAGUAUGGCAGUAAAAGAUUUUACGAUUUAUUCACGAAUCGUAGUUGUUAUUUAUCGCAUCCCUUUCCAUUUGAAAUCCUUGGGCACGCUACUAUCUGACGAACGCGUUCGCUUAUGUCAGAAUUUCAAUUGAAAAUAAACUCGUCCCAUGAGUCAGGCGAAUAACCACAUUAUCGGGUUGGUCAUGGGGGAGCAAUUAUUAUAAUAAAGGUCUAUGGGAUAAAAUGAAAUUAUUCAAAAACCCAAUAUCCUAUUGCCUAUUUAAAUAGCGAAAUCAUUUUUCCUCCGACGAUCCAAAUCUACAUGGUAAUUUUAUUAUUGUCUUCUAACCAUAUUAUUUUCUGAAACACUGAAAAUUGUAACGCUUUCCGCUAUAAUUCGUGUAGGUCUACAACAUGUAAUAUUAUUUAAUGUCGCCCCAGUCGAUAUAUGGUAGUUUUUUUUUACCGUCUGUCGUCGCAGUCUUGAAGACGUUUUUACGCACACUUCUCCGCCGACCUCAUACUAUACAGAGUACAGUGCAUACCGCACACUGGUGCAAGUAUCACUCGGAUACACAUCGCGUGUCGAAUUCGAAACGUGUCUCGACGGUAUCGGGGGUGGGGCGUCCGAGGGUAUAACGUUUCCAACGAUGCAUUAUAAUAUUGUUAAUAUAAAUUAUAUACGUCGGGACGGGGUAAGGGGAGUUUAUGGAUAGAAAACAAAAAAAAAAAAAUGACCUCCGGUUAGACGGGACACACGAUAAUAUCAUCGCAUAUUUAUAGGUACGCGGACGGACGACAAAAACGUGUACAAUUAAUUUACGGAGAACGAGCGGGGGUUUUAUUUUUUUUAUAUGCAUUAUAAAAUACGAUCGUUUAAAUAUUCGAGGUCGGUACCGAUAUCGUUCUUCGGCAAAGCGUCUCGAGAAAUAUAAGUAGGUGUAAUGGCAAGACACAUUUGGUAAAACCAUUUAAACAUUUAACACACCAUCAUAGUAUAAUCCGAUUGUAUCACGGGAAAACCGAUAAAUCCCGCGUAAAACGCCGGCAGGGGGAGUGCUCUUGGAUCCGAAAUCCAAGUGUAUUCAGUACACAGGAAACGAAAUUUGAACAAUUGUUUUCGCAUUACUCAACCCCCCCCCAACAUACAUAUAGCACAUACAUAUCUGGGUUCGAAAUUACAAAUCUCACGAGUGGCUGAGGGCCGGAUUAAAACAUUUCGAGCGCUUCGGAGAAUAUACCCAUAUUCAAUCUAACUAAUAAGCGGAAAAAAAGGCCACAUCUAACUCAUAAAAUUGCGACUUUUUUUUCAAAAAAACACAAACAUUUUAAUUCUUGCGUCCAUUUUAUUCUGACCCUGGCGCGACCGCAGAACUGUCUAUUUCACCAUGUAUAUCGUCAUUAUAAUAAUAGGUAUUAUGGGUACCUCGUAAAUAUACGUGUUUUUUCCGUAGUAAAGACGACGACGACACGCUUAGGCGGUGGGCGUACCCACGAGUUUUGGGCGUGAGGUCAUCCGCGAAGCCGGGCCCUUGGUCGUCGUCACUCGUCACCGUGUAAAUAUCGUACGACAUUUGCAUGACAAACGCGUCAGCACACACGCACGCGAAGUUUACACUGCGGUACACGCUGCUGGUGCUGCAGUGAACGGAAUGACCAAUGUACAAAGGACGAUCGUCGAAAAUUUGAACUUCAAACACUCGAACGGGCGAACGGCAACUAUCAUUAUAUUGUGUUUACGGUGGACAAAAUAUAUUGCCCGCGAACGAUGUCCCGAAUUUGAAUAGAAUUUGCACAGGAAAUAUACGUUUUUCGAGAUUAUGUUUAUACUUUGUUUAAAAAUGUAAUUCAAUUUUUUUAAUAAAUGUUAAUUUGUUGUACGAAUAAUAUUAUAAAAUAACGCAUGUCGUCAACGUGUCAUAACGAAAACGCUUCCGAAUAACAGUUAAUUUAAAGAUUUUUUCCUACAUCGAGCGUUCGGUUGUUCGAGUGAUCUGAAAUUGAAUUUCGCAGGUCUCUUCUAAAACAAAAAGCAAACGGAAAACCGGCGUUAAAUCGAACGUUUCGAUAUGUUCUGUCAGUGGUAAGACGAUAUUAUAAUAUAUUACAGGUAAUACGAUAUUUUCUUGAGACGCGGGUAUAUGGGGACGGAGAGCCCUCGGUGGUCUCGUGCUGGUUUUCGGGUAUACUUGUAUACCGCAGCGAACGGUUCGAGACGUCGUAUUUUUCAGCGUACGAUAUUAUUACGCGUAUAGGUAUAAGUCGUUUACAAUUAAUAUCACGACGUACAAUAUACGAUGCCGCCGACGUCGUGGGACUCGCUCUCGCGGGUCCUCCGUAAUAUAUUAUUAUAAUCGUACGUGCGCGGGUACACGCGGCUCAAGGCAUAUAGAUUUACAUAAAAAUAUUAUUAUAUCGUCGAAUUAAUCGACGGCUGUGUAUAGUAUGGCCAAAGCAGAUCCGGAGUCGUACGUUUUUAUACGUAAGACCGGCGUAACUCGUAUUUAUAUUAUACCUACGUAGGUAUUUAAUAUUAUUAUUAUUAUUGUUAUUAUUAUACCUACACCGGAGUACCGGAGCGUACCCACUUGUCCGAGUUGUCUUUUUCAAUGUUAAAACGAUAAAACAAUUAAUAUUGUCGUCGUUCCAGUUUUUUACUUUUUCUAAGCCAAUAGUUGAUAUAAUUGAUUAAUAUAAUAAUUAUUAUUAUAUUGGUCGUGCGAGAACGCGUUAAAGUCUCUGUACGAUUCGCAACUACGCGUUAUUUAUAAUAUUAUAAAAGUCGGCAGUUAUUACACCGCUCUAAUAAAUCGUUGGUUUUGUUAAGUUAUUCGAUUUGAUUUGAUUUUUGCCAAUUAAUAUUUUCGAAAUACUUUUAAAGUUACACGGAAAGUUUCGUUAGAAAAUAUUUGAAACUUUUCAGCUCAAAUUUCCGCUAUCAUCAUUCAGCUAAUACUUCUAUAUAUUGGAUUUUGGUAUCUGUAUUACAUAAUAUAUUAUACACAGGAGCAACACUGUUGGGAUCGAUAAAAUGCGUUCGGCAGCGGUGUGACGACGACGUACAGACAAUUUAAAUUGUCUAUUACAAACACCUACCCCUAUAGUCGCAUUGAUCGAAAAAACAAAAUAGUUAAAAACGAGUCGAAUCGAUUUAAUUAUCGCAUAUUAUAGAUUAUUUGUGUGAGUAUACACUAUGACGAACAGAAUCCGACGAAAUUCUAUAUUUUACUAUCGAGCGAUCUUCUCGUGGUAUCGAAAACGCGCGUAGGUAUACUAAUACCUACGAGUAUAUUAUUAUAGUUGUGCAUUUUGUUCGACCUGUACGAUUGCCGUUUAUCACGACGUCCCGUCAGUCACUUGAGGUCGUCCGGUCCGGUCCGGUCGCGUUUUCAUCGUGGACGACCGUUCGAAUUUUUUUUUUUACAUCGUGUUCUUCUAUUUUAUUCCGUUCGAUCUCCAUCAAUGGAUCUCAUAAAAGUUAUGUUGUUGUCGCUAUAGGAUUUGUACGUGGCGGUCACGGUACGCACGGCGUCGGGACGGGAUCUGGAGUAGACGAUGAGGGCAUACCGAAAUUCUUCACAUUUUUCUACGGUAUCGUUAUAAUUAUUUUAUUUUGUUUUCGACCCGUAACAAUGAAUAGUACGGUUUUAUAGUUAUUAUUAAUACCUAAUAGUAUUAAUGUAUUAUAUUGUUUGCCCAUCCAGAAGAAAACGCAUUCUUCGUCGGUUCGCUUAGAAUCUAAAAAUUUUCCUGCGACGAUAUUAAUAAGGGGUUUUUUUUUUUUUAAUAAAAAAAAAUACAUUCCAUAUUUAUUAAACGAUUUAGGUAUCAUGUUUCCCCGCGUUAAAUACUACGUACAAUAUCUCCGGAUGGAUUUUUUUUUGACUGUUGUAUACUUGCGUUUUAGGCGUGUUGAAUGCGGAAAUUCGUUUAUUUGUUUUAUGCUGUUGCACAGGUUUCCAUAUUGUAACGCGUGGAUGCGAAUAAUAUGUACUCGAAGCGACCGUACGUAAUAUCCGUUCGAUAAACGUAUUUUAAAUUAAAAAAUCCGACACCUCGAGGUUAUUCGUAAUCGCAGUUUUAUAUUAUGAUACCUAUUGUAACAAUAUAAUGUGUAAGUACCGCGCGUGUGUUUUGAAUUCAAAAUCAGAUUGAAUUAAUAAAAGACAACACGCACACGUACUAUCGAAAUACCAACCAAAUACGGGCAUACGUUUAUCAGAUUUUUUUUUUUUUUUAACAAAGAGAAUAAAUUAUAAUCGUUCAAAUCAAACGCGCGUACAACAAUGCGAAGACUCUGACCGUUCCAUCCUCAUUUGCAGUAAGACGUUAAACUCUCCCGGAUCGUUUUUAAUAAAGACUUUACGUGUUAAAUCUAUUAUCUAGUAAUUUUCCAGUCAAAUCAAAUUGUAAAUAUUAUGUGAGUACGAUGUGUAAAAGGUUUAAUUAAUCUGCUAUACACUGCAUGGGACUGCAGCUGACUACGCGUGAAUAUAAUUGCAUGGAUCAUUAUUAUACCCAGCCUUUGAUACAAAAUUAUACUACCUGUAUAAUAUGGCAUCAUGGCAUUUGACAAAUAUUAUUGUUUUAUUCGAAUAAAUAUUUGAUAAUGAUGAGAUUUUUCGUAAAAUUAAAUCUGUGUAUGAAAUUUGAAAGACUUCAAAAUGAUGUAGAUCCGGGACGUAUAAUGUCAUGGUCAUGAAGAUCGAGAGAGUUUAAAUCGUAUCGCUGGAAAAUAUAGUAUAACACGCGAGUAAACAAAUCUGUAAUUGAUUAACAUCAACAACAUAGAACUGAAAUCGAUGGAGAAGAAAAACCGAAAUGAUCGAUAGCACUCGCCACAAACGUCAGUGUACUUUGAACCGUCCGACGAAAGAGAUCGUGACCGCCGACCGCGCGUUUGUCGGAGACUUUAACGGUCGGCGCGCAGUGGGUUAGUCAGUCGCGUAAACUCGUCAUACCGCACACGACAGCCGUACGUUGUCCUCGUCGUCGUUUUCUAUUCUUGCGACACCAGCACUGAAGUUCCGUGCCGCGUCAAUGGUACAGAGGCGUACACUGAUUACAUCGGCUACCGCGUGUGUAUAAUAUUUAGAGAAUUUUAAUCUCUCGUCGAACUUACGAACCGCAAUCGGUUCACUAUAAUCGCGGCUAACGUUCCAAAGUGUGUACAUAUCAGUAAUAUUCCGUGUAUAGUAAAUAUAGACGGGAAAAAAGCUCCUGGGUACACGUCUUUAUCUGGUAGUAUAUAUGUAUUGUGGGAGGCGUCACGUUUACAGAAGUUUAUGAGUAUACGUAUAUAUAUAUAUAUAUAUAUAUUAUUUUAUACGCUUAUCCGGCGGAGAUGACUUAUUAUUAUUGUUAUUAAACGAGGGAGGUUAAUUGACCCAUGACCGCGAGGGAAUGGGAAACGGUUAUUUUUAUUCUGUUUUUAUUCGAUAGCAUUCACCCCGACCGAGACUAAUCGCGUCGUUUCCUCCCGCGUGUUCCGCACACGACGACCCGCGACUUGACGAGGUCAAAAUACUCGCCGCCUGCAGGUGAAACACAAAAUCGUUGUCGUCGUCACUAUAUAUAUAUAAUAAUAUAAUAAUACUAAUGCGUUCAGUUUUUAUUAUUAUUUUUUUUUUUUUUGUACGGGAAGCGGAUGACGCGGAUGUCUGUCUCGGACUGUACCGAAAAUGCGAAUCGAAAAUAACAAACCAAUAGAACCCUAUCGUCGCGCUCAGAAACUAAAAAACGUAAAAUGAAACACUACGGUUUUGUGUACAAGAACGAUUGUGGCACUAAAGAUCUUACAGUAGUGUAAUCAUAUAUCUUAUACAUUUUUUUUUUGGCCCAACGAACCCAACAAAUGCGCGUUAAUGAAUACGUUGUGAAUAAAACGAUCGUAUCUCAUUGGUACUUCUUAUUUCUUUUGAUCGCGAAAAACAACAUAUUGGUUAUUGGUAUAUAGGUAGUAUUAUAUUGUAUUACCUUUUAUCGUUGUGAAAAACCUAAUAAAUUGAGGAUUAUGUGAUAAUAGGUGUAUAUUAUAAAAAAAAAAAAAAAAAAUUGAGAAACGUCUCCUGCAUUACCAGGUGUAUAAUAAUUUAAACGUUAUUUAUCUGUCAAUUUUUAGCGCCGACGAUUCGAUUUUUUUCUAAAUUAAUAUUAUAUAAGGAUAAUAAUAUAACGUCGCUCGAUUCGGCGAGAGUAUCUAUAAUAUCUAUUAGAUUUUCGUAAAAAAUCGCAGUCGGUAUUAAACAAUUUUUUUUUUUUUUAUCUCAUUUUUAUACACCGUAUCUAAAUAAUCGUUUAUUAUCUUUGCGUUUUUUUCACAGUGGAUUAGCGGACGUUGUAUUUAUUGAUAAAUGGGUUAAAUACGAGUGUUUUUUUUUUUUUUUGGUAAAAUGUCAAUUUUCGUACAGUUUUCAUCACGGAUGACGUGAUAAAUAAUAAUUACAAUAAUUACGUUUUACUUUUAUUUGCCGGCCGCGGCGUGUAAUAACAUAAUACAAUAAUACAUUUAUAAAAUAUAGGUGUAUCAUUUUAAACUAUCGCACGAUAUUAUGUAAGCUACCGAGUUUCCGGCGCGGAAAUUAAUUGAAUUAAAAUACUUAAAAAAAAAAAAAUGAUAAUAAUUACAGCGACGUAUAGUCGGACUGCGCGUUAUGCAAUACUCGGAGGCGGUCAAUUAUUAUUAUUAUUAUUAUUAUAUGACGGCGGAAACGUUUGUUGGGUAUAUUAUUAUUGUUCCUGUAUACACAGGCAAUCUCGAGAGUAUUCCGUGUCCGGGACGGCGUCUGAUAAUAUUAUAAUAGUAAUUAAUAACAAUAAUAUAAUACAAUUAUUAUGCUAUAAAUUAUAACACGGGCCUAUGGUUUCGCGUACCCACCCAUCAUACAGAGUGAUACAUUCAUCAAACGGAUGCUCGGAGUAUUUGAUUGAAUUCGAUUUCUGCAUUUUUUUUUUUCCUGCGAUCGUUGUACCACAACUGUUCGACCGUAGUUUUAACAUUAUUUUAAAAUGUCUAUCCCUACUCCUUAUAUACAUAUAUAUCUUAAAAUGAGUAAACGGUUGAGAAAUUUUAGAUAAUAUUGUUCUUCAUUUUCGAAUCUGUGUUUGAACAGGAUUGGAGAGGGAUUUAAAGUUGCUGUUUGAAAAUCGACAGUGCACGCUUAUUUAAGCGAGUUUUAGGAAUGGGGGUGUAAAAUUGAAAAUGGCGUUUGAAAUAAACCUUAAACGUAUCCUCUGAGAAAACCGUUGGUUCGUUAUAAAUGUAUCACAUCGUGUACACUCGAUUUUUUUAGCGGCCUUAAACCAACCAAUCGAUUAAUUUUUUUCAUUUACAUAAUACCUACAUUCAACCUACAUAGUAGUGGCCAGUGGGUUCACGACCGAUAUGGACCCCGGAGGAAAAAAAAAUGAUUUCUAUAACUCGCAUAACCGAAACAGCACAUAUGCGUACAGCCGAUCGUAUAACCAGAACACACGUAGGAUCGAUCGCGAGCCCCGCGAGCUCUGACGACAAAUGUCUGAGUUAAUUAAACAUGGUCGCGUUUUUGCAAUAAUAUUUUACACCUGUAUAAAAUAACUAUACUGAUAUUAUAAAUGCGAACGUUGUGUUAGUUUUUUUUUUGGUCUUUCUUUUACAUCGCAACCGAGUUACCGAUGCAUAGGGAUAGUUGAGAAGUGACAUGUUGUUUUCAUCCUAGUAAGAACGUUACAUUCCCGUGGAAAAAUAGUUUCUUUUUAAUGUAAAACUGAUUAAUAUUGAAACGAAUUAACAAUUAUCCGUCGACAUAGGCCAACGGGAUAAUGACGUGAUAUUUUGCAUUGGUAUACGAUGCUCGAUCAGAAAUACUAAUCCCUGCUUUCUAAUAGUGAUAAGUAAUUUAAGAAAUUCAACACCUUAGGGAUUUAAAACGGGUAUCGAAGUUCUACGCGGAAAAGUAACUCUAUAUACUUAAUUGUGAUUAAUCAGAACGACACGACGGAUUUGUAUAAGUAAACAGCCGACAAUUUCGGUUUUUGCAAAUCGAUGUAAAAUUUUACGUCCCACAUUUGAAAAAUCCACUCCACGUUUAAUUGUUUUUACUAUGAAAAUCAACUUUGGUUAACGAGUUCUUUCCAAGUAAAGUUCCAAGUUCUUUCCAACUUAACGUGAUUCAGAUUUCAGCCGGUAUAUUAUAAUGUUCGUUUACUCGGUCAGCCUUGAGUCCGCUGCAGUGAUGGAUUUCGAGUCGGCAUAGUGUUAUAUAUUAUAGACAGCUGUUUGAUCGGAACGCAAUAUUUUUACCGGAGCGGAGAAAUUCGACGAGCGUGCUGACGCGUAUAAUAUACGUAGUGUUCGUGUCCGGGACUCAAGGCAAUGCCCUGUCAAAUCCUCGUGGUCUAACCGUUUACCGGGGUUCGGAGUUUACCGUAAUGUCAGAUAUUAUACAUAUAUAUAUAUAUACACGUAUACCGCUGACAACCAGAGAUGUUCUCAGGGUCGCCGGUAUUUAUCGCAUAAUAAUUUAAUGGGUCGGUGCGUUUUUUUCCCCUCGCGCGGUGUCUAAUAUAAUAAUAUUAUGCGCGCACGUAUAUAAUACUAUAAUAAUAUUAUUAUUGUUAUUCGUCCUUCAGCCGGCGUAUUUUUUUGGCGAUCGUUUCUAGGUUUCCAAACGUGAGUUUAGUUUAGUUCACGUCCGUCCGUCCGUCCGCCCGUCUUACUAGUACGUAAUAUAGUUACGGCCGUUGAUUUUAUCGACCGAGCGACAUUCGUAACAUUAUUAUUACUAUUCGUAAUUCAAAUAUCAAUCGUUCAUAAUUUAAAUACGAGUAUGAUAUAUAAAUGCACACCGGUCGACAUUGAAAAAAAAAAUAGACACCGAAUUAUAAGUGGCACUUAAAGAAUUUAAAAAAAAUUAUAUCCUGUCAUCUGUUGGCAAAUUAAGAUCUUUAUUUUAUUCAGGUUUAUACACGUCACAGUAUAUAAGAUAUUCAAAUUCGUUCGAAACCGUGUAUGGGAAUCAUAUACAAAGCGUUUAAAACGCUUUCCCGACUUGUUUUUUUCUCUAAAAUUAUAUUCGUCGGGAAGCUUUUAUUUGUGGAUGUUUGACUAUUCAGCCGGUGUGGAAACGCACCCGCGAACAGGACGGGAACGCAAAUCAUUUAUUAGAGGUGUGCAGUCCUGGAUUUUCGUAAUAAACGAUAUGGAUUCGUUCGUUAUGGAUUCCGUUUCUUUCGUUUCAUCGACCGCGACGUAAGUUUAGGGCACAGACUUUUUUUCCCCCCGAGGAAAACUAAGUCGCAAGCAGAUUUAUUGUUUGAUUUAUUAUUUAUUAUAAAAGCCGAUUGCAGCAUAACGUCGUAAUAUGUCGUUGCGCUUUGCUCGCGGUGUUAUACGAUAAUAAUCGUAAUUCGAGCAGGUAUAUGUGUGCACGAUAAUAAUAAUUAUAUUGUAAUAUAAUAAUAUAUGCGAUACGACUAGCUUAUUGUUUUUUUUUGGGGGAUUGUUUUCGAUCGCAUAUGCGAUAUAAAAUAUCGCAGCGGCUAAUAAGGUGUAUAUUAUACUAUGAUAUAGGUACCAUAUACUCGUAUUAUUAUGAUUAGAGGGCGAAACCGCGAGUGUAUAUUAAGAUAAUAACACACGUAUAUAUAUAUACAUUAAUAUUAUAUAGUAGCCUCGUUACGUAUUUACACGAAUCGGGUUCGAAUCGAGCAUUGCACCGGUGUAAAUCAAAACGUUUUUAAUGCACACUAUCCGUUGUGCAAUCGAGAAGGUCGUUCGAUGCGAAUUUAUUGUUUCUCAUACGCCGACGACGACGACGCCGCCGAGUAUACGCCCUUUUUUUUUUUUUUCAUUCUCGUACUAUUAUUAUUAUUUUUUUUUCACGUUCUGUUGUUUUCCCGUAUCAAUUGCCGCCGUCGACACGACAUUCCCGACCGCGGAUAGUAAUUAAUUUUUUCCGUGCCGACGACCGCGACGGCUUCUUUGCCUCGGACGCGUUUUCUCGGCGUUACAUCCAAUACGGACAGUUCGGUAUUGAUUGUGCAUAGUACACCUAACGAAUAUCACCGAAAAAACCCUAGAGACUUCUCACAUUUUCUACGCGCGUCGCAUACGCAAAAUGCCAAAAACUCGAGCAGGCAAGUAGCGGGGUUAGACAUGUAUAGGAUUCGCAGGAGUUUUGAACUAUUAUGUUGAUUGUCCGAGUGCCGGGCGAUGAAGCUUUUAUAAUGCGUUUUUUGUUCACGGAAAAUUAAGUUAAAGUAAAAAAAAAUUUUAAAAUAAUUUGCGAACGGUUGACAAAUCAAAUCGUGUUACUAGUUUUUCGGCUCGUUUACGAUUCGUCGAUGAAUAUUCGUAUUCAUAUAGUAUGGCCGUGAAGUGGUGGACAAAAAUAUAAUUCGGUUCAGCUACCGGAGUACACCGUACCUAUAGCUACGACGGAAGAUCACUGCCGGGUCCCGAGCGCGCGGAUUCGUGGCCGGCCCGCGGUGACAAACGGGCCGACCGGCGGCGGCCGGGGAGACCGUGGCAAUGAAAAUUGUCUCGAGAAGAAUAGAACGUAGAAAAAAAAAAAUGAAAUAAAAACACACGUGCACGCAAACGAUUUCUUUAUAGGACAAAUUAUACUUACGACGAGCCGCGUACGUGCGUAUCCGACGCAAAUUAGUCGUGAACGAUGUGCCUGACUUAUUACGGUGUGUAUUGUCAUAUACGUAUUAUGGGCACCUAUAAUACUACCGGACUGUACUAUAUACGUUUAUCGAACAUUUACGGACGGCAAAAAUAUUAUAGCUCAAAUAAUUUUCAAUUUUAUCAUAAUGCGGACGGGUCCUUGGACGUGCUUUUACGUCGACAUUAUCAUGGUUGUUCGAUAGUGCCGUCUACGUCUAACAAACGAUGUAGGGAAUUUGCGUUUGACACUACCGUUUUUUUAAUAUCAAUCGUGUGCAUUGAUCCGUUAUCAAACUUAAAGUCAAGUGUACACAACUCGGACAGUUUUUUUCUUGAUAUUUCCAUUUUUAUGCGAGAUAUAAGCGUUUUUGAAAUAUUGUGAUAUUUCGCAUAGAUAUAUCUCGUAUACAUCGAUUGAAAACUAUCCAAUAUCGAAAAAAAUCGACGGUAGUUGCAUAAUGUCCUUAUUAUUAAGGUUGAUAACACGUUGAUUCUCUCGAAUGUUAAAAUUAAUAGUAUAUAAACUUAUCUCUGUUGAACGAAAAUUUGCUCUACUGUGCUUGUGUGUAAGACGGAAACAGCUCGUCAUGCGAGUGUGACGUCAUCUUAAAAAAAGGCCGCCCCAGUGGCAUUUGAGCCUCUGCAGAGGAUUUUUUUUUAGGAGGGAGAGGGGUCAGUUACAAAUCACAUAAUAUUGUUAAUUAUAGUGUCUUUUCAGUCGCUUUCUUUUGGAAUUCACAACGGUCUAGUCCGGUUCUGUCGAAUCUUCAAAUUAAUCUGUUCGGUUUAGUCCAGUCCAUCCACAAAUUUAGGUCUGACCCGGUUUGGUCUGGUCCCGUCUGGUUUAAAAAUGGUUACACAACGUUCGGUUUGGUAUUUGGAAACCUAGAGCUCUAACGUGAACGCAUGUUAUUGCUGCAACGCUUAUUAGAAAGACAGAGAUGACAAAUGUAUCCGUGACGGCUUCUUAAUAUGCAGUUUUUUAUUAUUCUGCUGUUUUUUUUUUAUUUACAUUUUUCAAUUUUACUUUUGCCGGACGGAAAGACGAUUAGGCUAUCAUCUUUCGAGCCCGUUAACCUUGAGUUCGUGUUAUUAUAAUACUAAUAUAUAGGAAACGACGUAUUAUUAUAUUGUUAUAGUAUUCGGUACAUAGAAAUUAUGGUUCUGAGCGGGAAACCGAAUUUUCAAAAUAACGAAAAAUAAGAAGAUCCGAGUGCCUUGUGCCUUGUGAUUUCCCGGCUGUGUGUCUUGAUGGAAACAACCCGAAACGAGAUUAUAAUUAUACGUGGUGUUAGCAGCGUCACUUGAUGACGACUCUAAACUCUAAUAAGAUAUGAUGAGGAAAUGCAUUACUCGCCCGGGUUAGCGAGAUUUUCAAAACACGACAACUAAAACGUUUGUUUCCUAUUAUAAUAUUAUUAGGUACGCGUUUUACUUGAUGCAACAGUCAACUCAAUACAAUAACAUUAUAUUUGUAAUAAACUCGGUACGGUAAUGAUAAUUUUUAUAUUAUACAGUAUUACAGUUAUUGUACGGGUAGAAAAAACCAUGUUAAUAAAGAUCAAAACAAUUUAAACGUUUUUUUAAAAAAACCUCGCCUGUCGGUUUUAGCCACUUUAUCCGUUAUGGGACCAAUUUUUUAAUCGAGGUCAGAAAUAGAUGCACGGUGAACAUUUUACCAUCCCUAUUUUCUUAUCACCCCGUCUGCCGAAAUGACGUUAAUUUACUUAUGGACCGGUGGCACUAGCCAUUAAUUUUUUAGUGACUAAGUUUUUUUAAAUUUUUAUGAACUAGGGAAUCCAGAAAUUUAUAAAUAAAAAGAGGCAAUUUUCGUAUUUAAAUUCUGAAAAAUUCAAGCGCGAGCGACCGUAUAGACAUUUACAUACGUUCAUUUAAAUAUUCAAUAAGAACUAACAAAUUCGAAUAUUUAACAUACAAUAAGAAAGUUUUUAACGAUUCUCUAUUACGUAUUAACGUUCCGUACUUGAAAAUUAAAUUCUCUGAUUGGCUAGUUAUGGAGUUAUUCGUAUAGCUAGUAUUUAGAUUAUCGUAGAGUACAAAAUAGAUUUUGUCGGUGUCACAAUGGUAAAACGCAGCAUCAUAGACUAAAUUUGUUGCGUUUUUUUUCUCGAAUAGGGUUUAAAUUUAUACUUGGGACAUUAAUAUCUUUGGUGUAUUAUUAAGUUCGAACCAGCAGCUGGUUAGGUUAAUUUUUUCCAUUUCCCAUUUUACCAAUGAUUUAUCUAAUUCUGAGGUGAUUUUUGAUUGACUUUAGUUAGUGAAUUUUAGGUUUACGCUUAGGAUGCUAUUACUACCUAGGAUCUGCAGUAUCAUGUUUGGAUCGACGGCGAACAUACGUUAACAGAGUAGCAUGGUUUUUACCGUUAUAAUUGAAACAUCGAUAUUAUACAUUUGUUAUGAACAAUCAAGGGGCCAAUUAUAUUAUUUUAUUCACAUCUAUAGCUAAACAGGGAACAUUAAUACGCUAUCCGGUUAGAUUAGAUUGGGUUAGGUUAGGACUGAAGGUGAUGUUUGGGUGCGCAUAAGGAUACGUGGGCAUGAAAUCGUGUGUACGGUUAGGCGUAUAUUUAUUACUGACGGCAGCUUAGUAUUGUGCAAUCUGUUUGCUCCGGUGAAUGGUAAAUGACUAUAAAAUAUGUAAUCUCCGCUACCGUCGCCGCCCUUGACGACGGGAAUCGUUUCACUUUCGAUUCUCGGGUUUACCCGCUAUUAAUAUAUUAUAUAUAAUUACAAUACUGCAACCGGAAGGGAUGACACUUCCGACGUUUUCUCGACAAAUGUUUGAUGUUUUGACAUUUCUGCGAAUUAAAUAAUACUUGUCGAGUAUUCUUUCUGUAGGAAAAUCUGUGGUUAUAAUACGUUGAAGAAGGACGCUCGAUGAAACCGAUAUUCCAAUUGUUAUUAAAUUGAAUUUUACACGCGUAAUAUUUAAUACAAUUCUGUAAUACAGAAACUCGUGGACAAAUCGCGUAAAGUUUUCACCGUUUAUUAUAAAAAUGUGGUCCGGCGAUGUAAUGAUAUUGUCUGUAAUAAUUUAAGCAAUCUUCUUAAGGAAAAUCUAAAAGAUAAAUGCUGACGUUUAUUUUAACUAUUCUUUCAGAAACCAAAUAUGGCUGGGCUGUCGCUACAGUUGCUACUGCCGUUGUUGCUGUCGUCCGCCUUGGUGACAGUGAUCGUGGCCCAGUCCAACGAAGGUCAGUUCGAUAACAGCAUCAGCUAUCCGAACCCGAGUGAUGGCCUGCCCAAAACUACCGUGCUGGCCGGCAAGGUUACGAGCUUGGAUGAAUUGUCCACCACCAUAGUUUUGAAUAGAACCAGAGCUUCGCUCAACUGCGCCGCUGGAUUUAUGCAGGUUUGUGUGGAACUUGAAUGAGUUAACAUCUUCCCUCUUCUUCCCAUAAACUCCUAACCUAACCUGCCCCUUUAAAUAUGUUAUUGUUUUUUGUUUGGGCUACUGGUCCUCGGUUUACGUCAUCAGAGAUUAACUUUCGAUUGGAAAAGGCUAUAUACCGUAUAUAAAAUACAUUGCCUGUAUCAUAAUAUUUUCGCCCGAUUAGAUAAUAUAUUAGGUAGACCUAAGCCGAAAACCGUUAUUUAUAUAAUUAUUUGAUUUUUACCAGGUCGAACUCAAGUUCAAAGAACGGUUCAACGGCCGAGUGUACGCAGAUUUCGACAGGAGCAGCGCUUGCACGGUUACUGGCAACGGUAACAACACGGCCAGAAUCGACUUGCCGCUCAAAGGAUGUGGUACAAAACAGGUAUAUUCAGAGUUAAAAAUUAUUAUAGUCGCUGCAGGAAACUAAUUUCGUUAUUUAAUCUAACCGAACGUUUUUCCGUUGAAAAAUUGUUGUAUGUAGGAUCCGCAAAGGGUUUUCACCAACAACAUCGUAAUCAGAUUCCAUCCGUCUCUGGAAUUCGACGGUGACGAAGUGGUAACGAUCGUGUGCAGGUAUCCGCCGCCCAUCGCGCCACCACCGGCCGGUAUACCGAACAAAAUGUGAGUAUAGAACGAACAAAUAAUAAUAUAUACGUGUAUACGCGUAUUAUAAGUAAAACGUUUGUUAUUUUUAAAUUCAGAACGGAGGGUAAUGUUGGUUUUACUAUGAUGUGCGUUUUUAUUAUUAUUAUUAUAUUUUUGUUUGUGAUUAACUUUUCGAAAAGAAAUCAUAUUUUGAUGUUUAAAAUAAAGCACUUUUUAUGAAUGAGAAUUUUAUCUAGUCGAAACACUGAGGAGGUAAUUUUCAGAUUUCCUCAAGCGAUUUUUAUAAUAAUUAGGAAAAACCAGAAAAAAUGUUAUCGGAAAAACGACAAAUAUUUAUGUUACUGAUUUCAUUAGUUUAAGUCUUUGCAAACUACAUAUUCUACCAGAAAUACUGCUCUAACAAAAAAAAAAAAAAACAAAUAGUCAUGCAGUUUUUUUAGUAAUUGAGCAAAACCGAAAAAAAAAAACUCAGAAAAACGGACAAAUUUAUAAAAUAUUGCUUUUAUUAUUUUAAAUUUUGUUUUUUAUUGUAAUUCAGUUAAAUAUAUUCGCAGGAACUUGAAAUUUUGACAAAACUGUCAUAUUUGUUUUUCUAGAUGUAAAAUUUUCAAAACAUUUGAGUUAUUAUUGAGGUAUUUCUAGAUAUUUUAAUUUUGCGAAAUUUACGUAAUUUUUAUUUGGUUACUACCUAACCGAACUUCACUCUGAAUUAUUUUUCGUUAGCUAUGGUUAACGUUGUUUACAGAUUAAUUAAACGACUUUAUGUAUCUUAUCUUCCCAACUUCAUACCUACAACAGUAGUACACUCGUUCCCAGAAUGUUUUUUUAUUAUUUGAUUGAUUCUUCGGGAUUGGGUCGAUGAUUAAGAAAAAAAAAAGAAAAAGAAAAGGCAAUACUACCGAUAGGUGUGCCGCUCUUUAAGGGGGGAAGUAAGAAAGAAAUAAAGGGUAAUUUAAUCUUUAUUUGUACGCAACAAUAAACUGAUGUUAACGAAUAAUGAUUCUUAGAAAAGUAUUAUUAGUUGUAUCUUUCCCCUUGCAGUCAAUGUUAACUAGAAACAAAAAAAAUUACGCAACAAAUUGAUAGUUUUUACAUUUUGUACUAGGAAAUUUCCAACGAAGAUACAACAAAGAAGGUACUUAAUGCACAACAACUAAAUAAAUAAUAUUAUAAGAAUGUUACUAUAAAGUUUUUGAUUGGAGCAAACAGUAACAUUUCUGGCAGAAAAUAUGUUUAAAAUAAAAUAUAUAUUAUCGUAAAUACUAAUAAUAUACUCGCUUCUGUUAAAAUAAUAAUAAAAAAAAAAAAAUUAAAUAUUGGAUAUAAAAUGCGUUUUUGGGAAGAAGGACACUCCUUUCUCUCCUUUUAUGAUUCGCGAUUUAAAAUCCUUUGCUUGUAUACAUUGAUUUUUUCGAAUCUUGUAUAUAUUUCCAGCACAAUGUCGUGAUAAGAAAAUUAAAAAAAAAACUAUCGAGUAUAGGAUGAUAAUACAUAAUCUAAUCGAGGUUAUUACACAGUUAUAACACGCUGUAAUAGUUAAUACCACUGACUCGGCAUUAUUAUAUUAUAAUUAAUUUCUUCGAUCUUAUAUAUUUUAAUUCGUUAUUUCUGUCGACGUGCUAUUUAUUUUGAAGGCGAUUUUUUACCGAUAAGAUUAUUAAAACUCAUCGAUCAUAAUUAUUAUACAUUACGACGAGUUACUCCACACCCGCAGAGUAUAUUUAGACCGAGUCAAUCGUUACCGAUGAAUUCGAAUAUCUCGAAUGUCGAGUUUUUGAAAACUUAAAUAAAACCAUAUGUCUUAUAUUGUUAUGUAACAUAUUAAUUUGUUUUAGCAGAAUUGAUCUUCCAUCUUCACCUCUGGAACCUCCGCUGAAAGGAUUCCAAAUCCUAUUGAUCGUAUGUGGCAUACUGUUCCUAUCGCUGGUCUUGUUGGGUCUUGGUUGUUCAUACUACUGUCUGCGCAACCAGCAGGUGCAGGUCAUCCGACGUCAUCCGCUGUCGACGGUUGGCUCGGACAAACUGUCGGACUCUAGUCUGUCGAUGUUCGAUGGACUGAAAAUACCGCGGGCCCGGGCCCCGACGCUGGACAGCUCGUCCGGUUCGGAAAUGGCACUGGUGAGCGCCGGCGACACGCUGCCCAGCGACUAUCCAUCCGAGUCCCCGAGUUCCGGCCACUCUGAGGCCGAGGACGCAGAUGGUACCAGGAGCCUCAGGAGAUCGCCCAGCUCGGGUGGUUCGUACGACAACAGGGCAUUCGCACAACAGGAGUCAUACUACACUUCAGACGGUUACCAGCAUCUGCAGCAUCAUGAAUUGCCGCCGCCAGUCCAGCCUAAGUUUGACGUACAGCUUCGCGUGAAACGUGCUCCGCCGCCGACGCCCAGUCCGACACCGCCACCUUCCGAGUCUGAGGUGAGCAUCGCCGCCCUGGAACGAAACCUCACUACCAUAUUGGAGAGAGACGAGACGACUAUGAGCGUGACCGACGAACAAUACGGGUACGGGUCACUGCCGAGGGCCCAUUCACCGCCAAUGAUCGUCCACCACCACCAACAACAGCCCCCUCCAAGGAUUCGGUCCCCACCGGUAAUUGUUCAUCACCAACAGGCGUCACCACCACCUGCACCAUCACCGCCAGCUAUUGUUAACCGACCGCCACCAAAAACACGCUCGCCACCGACCCUGGCUCCGGUGUACUCGACGGUAGUACGUAAGGACAGGGACGAGACGGAAUGGUACCGGACCGAAGAGACCAUGGCAGUGGACUCGAGAGUGUCACCGCCACCAUCGAUCACACCCCAUCAUCAUGCUACCACGUCCAACAAGUACACCAGCGAAAUGCAAGUGGACGUGAUUGAGCCACCCGUAGUACCGACCAAACGGCCAGAGAUCACUUCACACACGGUUGACGACGUAUUCCUGAAGACCAUCACCGAGAAAAGGACCAUCGAAGAUGUGGAGCGACACCGCAGAGAAGUGGUCGAGUACAAGCCGAAACCGAUGGCACCUCCAGCCAGCUGGGGUGUAACUAUUAAAAACUACCCGAAUCCCGACGCACAAUAUCCGCAAUCAGGUGAGGACACGGCCACGGACUGGGACAGUUACUCGGAGGCGUCGUCGGUGACUGGAUACCCGCCAGCCGGCGGCCCGAUAGACCGUCAGACGAGGAUUCAGUCGUAUAUGUCAUCGUCAUCGACAGCAGCGGCAACGGCGGCCGAGGAACGGCACAGAUACUUUAGCACCGCGGAGGUUCCAGUGCCAAGGCCAGAUAACUGGGAGUCAUUGGUCAGGGUUUUAGAACCCGAACCAGAACCAAACCCCAGAUACAGGGUGGAGCAGACACUUACAUUGGAAGACAAGCGCAAGUGGAGGCAAAUCAUUACUACAGAAUCUACACUUCGGCAGCUGAUCACCGAGGCUACCGUCAAGGAGGACUUCGAGCGGAUCAGAAGCGAUCCGAAGUACGAGCGGAUAUUCGAACCGGAAAAGUGGGAUGUGAUAAUUCGGGUAAUCGCACCGCCACAACAUUACGACCAAAAGGCCACGGGUACAUCUAAUAGAUACACGAAGAAGAAGACUGAGUUCGAGGGCGCUCGGAUCAGGAGGAACUCACUGCCAACCGUCUACGAAUACGAUUCAGACGACGGGUCUAGCGUUAGAACGUUGACUACUGCCGAUGACCACGGUCCCAUUGGCCUUGCUAGAUCAAGGAAGACGUCGAGAUCAAGCUUCAAAUCCGACAUGGACGUUAGGUGAGUGAUGAUAAUCUCAAUAUUAUGGUAGUGUACCGUGUACGGUAGGUAUAUUAUUAGUGACUUUUAUAUCAGAGGCUCAGAUUUCUGAUAACCAUGUAGUUGUGACAAGACGUAGGAUAAAGACGGAGUGUUAAAAGAAGAUUUAUAUAAUUUUAAACUAUAGAUAAAUCUUAAUUUAUACACCUGUUAUUAAAAAUUAAUAAAUCUACAAUAAAAUAUUAAUUAAUAUUAUAAAAAUGUCAUUGGUCGUUAAAACGUAAAAAUAAAAUAAAAACCAACUGUUAAUGGAAUACACGUGCCAUCAGAAAGUCAUACUAUUCGUCAUUGUCCCGACAAUUUAAUAAUACUUUACAGAUAAAUAAAGAUAAUUGAUUGAGUAUACCGAAUCAAUUAUCGCUGUGUACGAAACAUAAAACGUGUAAUGACAUCAGUCGUUAUUUCAGUAAUACUCGAAAAUGGGCCGUCGCACGACUAGUAUGAUGGCGAUAGUACGAAGACUUGUUAAAAAAAUUAAAAAAAAAAAAAAAAACCGAUAAUUUUUCAAUAUACGAUGUCGUCACACGUUUUUCUACAACGAGGUGUUAAUUGAAUUUGGCAUUACCUACUUAUCGGAUCACUUAGGUAAAACUCGUAUUACCAAAUAUCAUCAUAAUAACAAGACGAGUCCCGAGUACGUGCCGUAUUUUUUUGUUUUAGCAAUCAAAUUUUGUUUUACCGAUUCAACGUGUGGUUUUUUUCGAUAUUAUUUUGAUUUCAGUCGGGUGAAAAUCGGUCCAAGACGUUUUCACGAUAAUCGUUAUAAUCGGAGGUAUUAGUUUUUUCCUUAUGAAGUGUACAAAUUUUUUCGUACGAUAAUAUUUGGCUUAACGAGUUCUGUAUAUUCCAUAACCAAGUGUAGCACGUCUGCAGCGUUAGCGAGUCAGGUAAAAUCGCAAACUCGCAAAAAAAAAUAAAAAAACAGCUGCUAACGGUUUCCUGUACCCAGAUCGAAUGUUAAAUCAAACAUUCGUUGAUUUUAGUUCUUGAUAAGUUUUCUAAAUAGAUAGUAAUUUUCGGUUAGCACGCCGUAUUCAAUAACAGACACUUCAAGUCGCUAUCUUGUCUCUUUCAUUGUCUACGUGUUAUUUUUUACAACUCCAGAAUUUAUAGAAUGGAAACUACCAGACGUUUUGAACUUACAUUAGGUGACCAGAGUGAAGAAAUUAUUCCCCCUUAAUUUUGUGUUAUUUCUUUGUGAAUUUGAAAACAUAAUUGCAGAGUACUUGGAUUCCAUAUGGGUCUAACACGAUGCAGUUUUUAUUUUUUAAGUUUUUAGAUUUGUUUUUAUCAGGGUUUGGGACUUUUUUUUUGUAUUUAUAUAAGUCUCGAAUCCUGAUUAUAACUAACAUAACAACUUACUGUGGUACUUUUAUAAUAAUACUAACUCCCAUAAAUCUUAUAAAACAAGAUUAUUUUUUAAAAAUUGUAGCAAAAAAUUGUAAAAAUCAAGCCGCCGAAGUUUCAAAAUAUCGCUUGAUUACGUGAUUUUUUUUUUUUUUUGGGCUGCAUUUAUAAUGUAAUUAUUAGACACCGGAAUUUCCGUCUGUUUAUAUUCAGUGACCUAUUCUUAUUAUUUAAGAAGAAAUUAAUAUAAUUUUAUACCCAAAGAUAUAACAACUAAUUUCCUAUGACAUGUUUGUAGAUCGAUGAGUGAGAUGACCGUUGACUUCCGACGACCGGAAUUGCCGGAUAACUACAGUGACGUGAGUUCGGUGUACAACUAUUACCAUCAGCAGCAGCAUAACCGGAGGGGCACUGGGGGAUCUUCGUACUAUGCGGACGACGAUGCCGUCAGUCUGGUCAGGUCUCUCAGCCAACCGUCGCUGGCCCGUUCCGCUUCCGAGUUCACCGAGAACUGGGGAGUCCGGAUCCGGUCCUACGAAGACGGCGACGAUGCGCCCAGCAGUCCAGAUCACACGCCUAGGUCGUCGUUCAGGUCACCCCGUCGAAAUCAGCACCAGCAGCAGAAUCAGAACCAGCAACAUCGGCAGAUCCGGUACGACCAUGACGACGAAGACGACGAUGAUAUCGAAAGACCGGUUAACGCGACCGUCGUUACCGGAACUAGUACCAGUACCACCCGAAGGAUGUUCGGUGGCCGAACCAUGUCCGCGGCCGAAUGGUUCCAUGAUUCGGAUGAGAACGACGCUGCUUACAAAUGAUUCGGCGGUGGCCGUGCCCAUUCUCUAACCCCAUACACACGAUACCCCCUUAUACCCCUCCCACACACACAAACAUGAUAUCCCACGACCUGAUUUUAGUUUCCCCGAGCUGUGGUCAAGUGCAAUAAACCAACCCAGAAAAAGAGUCUGAGUGAUUUUCAAAGGUCUUUUUUUUUAGGGACGCGUGAGAUUCGGUCGGGUUAUUAGUGAUUACAGAGUACGAGUAUACCGCUCAAAAACGGGGAAUAAGCAUACACAUAUAAAUUAAAGGUCUGCGUUUUUACUCCAUCUAUAUUAAACUUGCAUCCGUAAAUUGAGUGAGAAUUAUAGACUGAUAUUAUGAUUUUUCGUAGAACUAAAAAUGAUCAAAAUUAUAUUGUUCCCUCCAAGUUAGUUCAUGAUAAGAUUACAUUAUGUCAUUGUCUUAUUAUAUGGGUGUCUACGUAACAUUUUUUAAUUUUCGUGGAAGCUCAAAUAAACAGUAUUUAUUCUUUCACGAAAAACCUGAACGUUUAUUUUCUCUUUUAUACGUAACUAUUUGCUUUUGAUGUCUCUUUCUGUAGGCGCAGCCAAUUAAUUUAUAUGUCUAUGUGUUAGCAUUUUUCUUCCCGAGUGUCAAAACGAGUUUUUUUUUUCAAUACAUUCCGACUCCUCGUCCCGUCGGUGUACUUCGAUUUUUCCUCCUCUACUAUUGCCGGUAUCGCGGACGUAUCGUUACUAAAAUAUAAUAACAUCAAUAUAAAAACUUUACGUACGAUAAUAUACUACUAGAAUCCUUUACAGAAGCAUUAUCGAUUAAUCAAUUCACGUAUUUAUUUUUUUACUAACAUGAUCCGAAAGACGUCUCUUCCCCUCGCUCGACACUGGUGUCUUUAUUUUUAUUUUAUCGAUAUAAUAAUAUUACAAUUGUUUUUUUUUUUUUUUUUAACGAAUUUUAUAUAAACGGUUAGGAAACCGCGAACGCGCGAUCCCCCGUGUGUGCCAAUACUAAUCACUAAAAAUAAUAUAGUACUAUUAUCAUUAUUAUUGACUUAUAUUUGACUUUUCGUACUUGUCAUAAUAAUACGUGUCACAUAUCUCGGAUCUUUUACCGUUUCCGCGGACAAAACAUUGUCCGAAUGGAUUAUUUUAUUUACAUUGUUGUUUACUAUUGCCGGUCAACAUUCGACAACCGAACACUGUCUUUCCGCUCUUAUAUAUUAUUAUAAGAGAUCGACAUUUCCUAAUAGUUUACGCUAUCGAUAAUUGAUGGGGUAUAAUCGAUGGUAACACGAUGUUUGAUUUGAUUGUUCUUUCGGAGACUACAGAAUAGUUUCAUUCGGAAAAAACCAUCGAAUACUUCGAAAAAAACUAUUCGGAUGGAUUUAAACAUAACCGAAUAGUUAAACCAUGAUCAAAUGAAACUAGUUUUUAAUCUAUCAAAUAGAUUGAAUGCGAUUAGUGGCUAUCGAAUCACGCGAUAUUUACUGUUCGGUCGUGCCCAUCACUAAUUAUUACGUUCUUCGUGCCCUAUCCUCACCCCACAACCCGCGGUAAACGUGUACGAGCCAACGAGUUUUAUAAAGUUUUAUUAUUAUAGUUUAUAACUUAUUAACGAUUAUUAUUAGUUCGUAAGCAAAUAGAAAUCUAAACAAAAACGGCUCAAUAAGAAUUUUCAUUGUUCACUUGUACUAUUUUUUUUUUAUAUUUUAUUUUACUAUUUUUUUUUUUUUACUUUUAUUUAAGUGAAAACUGGAAAUUUUAAUUGGCCGGAAAAAGCGCAUAUUUCUUAAUAUUUAUUAUAAUAACAAAAUACGCAUAAACGUUUUUAUUAAUAUUGUAAUAAUUUUUAAUAAUACCUAAUAUUAUGUGAAAUAAUAAAUCAAAAUAUUUAUCUUGUGACAUUGCUCUUGAUUUUAUUUUGUCCUAAUUACGUAUUUCAUAAGGUUUUUUUUUUAUGUAUGUAUAUAUUUUUUAUUAAUUAACUUUAGAAAAUUUAAAAACAAUUUAAAAAACUUUAAUAACGAAAUGUCUUGUAAUAAUACCUAUAAUAUAAUAUAAUAUAUAUUUAUAUAUAAAUAUGUUUUUUACAUUCUUAUAUAUAAUAUAUAAUAAUAUUAAAAGACCAUAAUUGAAGUUCUGUCUUUCACAGUUGUUAUCCUUUUUGAGCGUUUACUUUGGUCGAAUUAAUGUGUUCACUAUUUUAUUUCCGUAUUUAGUUAUAAAUAGGAUACAGAUUUACAUGUACUAAAAUGUUUGA